UCAAUAAAACACACUCAAACGCGCGCGCAUGUUUGCGUCUCUGUGCGCAUAAUGAUUCAUCAACCACCGUUUGCUCAUGAGACCACCGUGAUUUCGGGUCCGAUGAGUUCAUAUUCGGAGCUGAGUGUGCUGUCGUGGGCCCUCGGAUGCCCCCACCCCCACCGCCACCCCCACCUCCCUCAUAUCCCGCGUCUCGACGGACCAAACGCUGCAGCAGCGGCAUCACCGGCAGCCUCCAAACUGCGUUUUCCCUUCCUUGAUGGAUCCGUGUGCGUCCGCCGGUGAGCUGCUGCGACCAGAGGACCGCUGAACUGUGUGGAAGGAGGAAUCAACGAGCGAGACUGUGCAAUACAUCCAAAAAGGGAUAAAAAGACAAACAUUUAAAAGGCUGUUUCUCGCACUGUUGUCGGACCGUGUUGUUUACCUCCAGACAAACAGCCGGUGACAGUGAUCUCACGGCCGACAUGUAAGAGCUGGAUAACUAUUCCCGUGUGAACGACACCCAUCCGCAGCUGAUCACAAUAACAUGAGAAAGGUAAGCUGUUGACACGUUUUUGAGGGGUUACAUCGGGCGUUGCGGGUUUCAGUAAGAGAAAAAAAAUGCCUCGAUUUUGUCUGAUCAGGCUUCAUUUUUACAUCGUCAGUUUUAUCCGGAGCUGAAAUUACCUGCUUUAGAAUAAAACAGGUCGCUUUUUACCUGUCAAUGAGUGAGCAUGUGGGUAAAGAAGACGCUGGUGUGACUUGUGAAUUUUCAUGUCAACAUGGUUCAUUUUUAUGAGUCUGACUGGAGAGCAGAGCUGCCUCCAGAAUGCCUGAGUCAAAGUCAGUUUAUAUAAAACAUUUUUUGCUUUCUCUAAGUGUCAUCAUGUAGAGUGCAAAAUACGUAGGCUAUGUGUAGGCUAUUUCCUGUGCUGGACAAAGUUAUAAAACCUGCUGUAGGGGAAGACACUGAGUGGAUUUAUAGAGCUUUAAGAGGGAGAAGCACAUCUAUUGAGAACAAUUAGGCGAAUCUCUGUCAGCUUUUAACUCAGUACAGAUUUUGAAUUAAUCAGCACUAAAUUACCAUUUACUUGUGCUUGGUUGCUUUGCUCUUCUUUACUGGCUUUUGAUGAGUCUAAAAAUCUGAGAUUAAAGCAAAACCACAGCGGCUUACUCCUUCUAUCUUCCCUUUGAAGUUUCAUCUCUCUCACUGCUGGAUUAGUGAGAAAAUAUUGCAGUUUUUUUAGGAUAUAAAAUGUGUGAAAUUUCAUGAGAAACAUACUGUCCUCUGGAUGGAGCAGGAUCCCUUCAGGAUUCUCAUUUGGAUGUAAACCAGCUCGGGGUUGAUCGAUAGCUGCUUGUAUCAGGGGCCUGUGUUUCAAAUGUUGUUGUCCGACAGCAGUCCCCACAAUUAAAAGCCCAUUUUGUUAGUGGAAGGCUGAUAAAUAAUUCAUCCGCAGCUCAAUAGGACCACAAAUCUGUGGAUGGCACUGUGAAGGAUGUCAGUGCAGCAGUGUCUAAGCCUCUGCUUGGACAGCCUGGGAGGUUUACACACCAUAGGCUGAAUGGUAAACAAUCCCUUUAUUCCUGUUAUGUGAACGUCUACAUGCUUUUUAAAUUUGUGUUGGAACUGUUUGCUCUGAAAAUAAACAGCGGGAGAAUAAAAGCGCUCAAGCUGGGCACUGAGCAGUACAAACAGAGUCCAGGAAAAGCUCAGGGUGUCCUGUAUGAAACAGCUCUGUUGGUGGUGGACCGCAGGCUCCCACUAUAGGUGUCAAUGUCAUAUCUGCUGCCAGGAGGCCAACAGCCGCGAUGAUACUGUAGCACGGAGUUUGAAGAAAACCCAGCUGGCUUCAGUCCAGGAUGGUGGGUGUUUUUAAAACUGGCUUAGUCAGGGCUACUGCAGGGAGUGAUUAGACAAGAUGCUGUUCUGUAUCACACACAUCAGCGUGACGUCGAAGGACACACAGCUUUAAAACUCUUUUCCACACCGGGACUGUGUGGAGUCCUGCGGUAACUGAACCAGCUCUGAACAUCGAUGCUAAAUAUAUGAAUAUUACAUUUAGAUUACAAUCAUGCCAACUGGAUUUGUUCAAGUGUUUAAUUUUGUCUUUGCUUUAUUGCAUUGCUUUCAUGUUGCUCUAUACUUCCAUACCUGGGCAUGGAAGCUAGGCUAAAGGUUUCUGCAGACAGGGUCAUGUCUGCCAUGUAGCUAACCUUGAGAGAUUCUGGCCCAAGCUCUUGUCUCGAUAUUUUCUGUCACUAUGCAGUUGGACACCCGUUUGUUUUUGCACUUUCAUCCUGUACUAACCAGAGAGCAGGAGAGAUCGCAAGUUACCUGGUUGUGCAGGUGUGUGAACUGCAAGCUAAUGCCCACACGUUGAGAACACUAUUUGCUGUCAUGAGUGGGUCUUGGUAAUAGCAAUACCUCAGGAUCUUUGUGAAUGAGAAUAUCGAUGAUCAGUGUGUUGAAGAUGGUAGAACAUGUCCAUGAGUUGCAUUGGCAAAAAGUGCAAAACAAAGAGACUUUCUGGUUGCAAUUUGAGUGUUGUAAAAUGCCAUAUUGUGCACUCAUACUGAGAUGAGUGCUUGAGUUUGGGUCUAUCAAGAAUGAAUGAAAUUACACACUGUCUGCAGAAAACUAUAGCCUAGCUUGUGUGCUGGUUCUUCCCAUGGUUUUUCAUCUAAGGCAGGGUGACCAUACGUCCUCUUUUUGGGGGCCCUUCGGGUUUGUCCGGAGAGUUUAUAAAAUCCUUCAAAUGACUGCGGUUUUGUACAGAAGUAUUGAGUUUGUCGAGUUUGUGAAGCGCUGAGCAUAAAAGACACUCAAUCCGACCCAAAAAUUCUCAAAAUUAACUUCGUGCGACUCUGUGACUCUGCCCCCGCAUAGUCAUGACCCCUUUUUGAGAAGUCAGAAUAUGGUCACCCUGUCUAAGGGGCAGAGCUGACAGUAUCCCCUCCACCUGCAACUGCAUGCAACUCAUGCAGUCCUUCUUUGAAAAUACCGAACUAUCCCUUUAAGUUUGCUGCCUUGUAUACCGAUGCUAGUUUGCUCUUAAAGACUGAACUUUCUUCUGGAGAAAUUGUGCAUGCAUGUUACCUCUGCAGUGAAGAAAGUGUAGGACAGGAUAAUUAGCAGGACUCUGGUGAAAGACUUUUUUAAGCGUGCCCAUGCCAGACAUUCAUUACGCACUGCAUUUUAGACCUUUAGAAGAACAUCACUUUAUUUAGAUUACUCUGCUUGUUUACCAUUACCAUGCAGAUGACAGGGGGAGGAGCAAUGUGUCAGACUUGUUUAUGCAGAUUGAUUUAAAUGACAUGUGGUGUUGUUUACACCAUUGACAACUUAAGAUUCAGGUGUUUUGACCAAUCAGAAUCAAGUAUUGAACAGGAAAUGAGUCAUCUGCAAAUAAAAUGAGAAUAAUAGUUAUAAGAUAUAACAACAAUAGAGAUCAUACGUAGGUGGAGGUUGACUAAAUAUAUAAAACAAAUGCCAGAGAGAGACAUAUUGAGUUUGUACAUUAUAGUACAGUUUGCUUAUUUACAUAAAAAUGUUGCAUGUGUAUAAAAUAGGUCAAAUGCAUCACUCUCUGUUUGCUACAGCAGACAGUAAACUUGAUAUUCUUGAGUUUGUAUUUUCUUGCUUGCUCAUGUAGGAUUUUGGAUGUAGGAUUUCACUUGUGUAGGAGUAUUUUUUUUACUUGUGUGUGUUUUUCUUGCCACUAAAGUAGAGAGAUUACUUCUUCCACCCUCAGCCAAGAUUGUAAGAAGAGUUUUCAAUCUGCAAGGAAACAGCCCAAGUGCCUAAAUCUUGUGUGUCCAACCUUUUGUGUUUCAGCGUCAGCAUUAUAAAGCCUUGUGAAGUAUGACUGUGCAUGCUGGGGCGCAUUAGCCGUAUCAUGAGAAGGGAAAGAGCAGAAAUGUCACAUAGUAUUUUCCUAAUUGGUGUUUCGAUGAACAUGGACAACAGUCUCUAGAGCAAACCGUCUCCUCUGCUCUCUUCUCUCUGAGUCUCCAGUUCUGUUUUAUUAACUCCCCGGCUUUCCCCUGCCAAUCUCUGCACUAUAUUAGCCGUAUGUGGUGGGUGUAAGGUCAGCUGACACACACAACAAGGUAAUUAUAAUACAGUGCGCUCACCAGCCUCUCAUGUCACUCAUCAGGCUGUUGCACCGGAUGAUGGAUAACCGUGUCAGGAUGGAUUACUUAUCUUUUUCUCUUAUCAUGUCUGUACAAAUACUAGAUUUUUGUGUGACAUCUGGUGGGGAAAGUUUGACUCAGAUAAAAGAUUUAAAUACAGCAAAUAGACAACUCCAAGCUGUUGUUUUUCUGCAUAGCAACAAGGCCUCGGUGUAACUCCAGUUCAGUUUGUUUAUAUUUCCUCCAUACUGACGCUGAAGUGUGUCAGUGCUCCAUCUGAUCUGCCGUUGUCUCACUGCGGCCUCUCAGAUUCGAGGAUAAGGAGAACUCAAAUGGAGAGCAGUGAGGGAGAGGAGGAGAGGGAGACAGAGAGACAGAGAGACAGGGAGAGAGAGAUUUUAUGACCUUGGUGCCGCCGCUCACUCUCAGUGCGUCUCCUGCAGGAGCUGAUGGAGUGUUUGGAGCUGAUUAGCGGCGGCCUCCUCUGAUGGCGCUCUCUGCCGCUGAGUCGCUGACCUUUCCUGCCAUCAGGUCAAUCUGCUCAACCAUCUCCUCUCCUCUUUUUUCAUCCCUCUAUCAUCUGCUAUUCUAUUGUCUUAUUACCUCUCCUUAUUCCUCUUCUUCAUCAUGCUCCUCUCUUUUCCCCCCUGCUUUUUCUCCUCUCCUCCUUCCUUUACCUCAUGUUCCUCUCUUCUUCCUGCUUUUCUUCCAUCUUCCCCUUUCUCUGUCCUUCUUCCUUCUCUUCUAUCUUCCUUUUCCUAUUGCUUUCCUUCUUUUUUCUGCCUCUCUAUCUAUUCCUCUUUUCUUCCUACCUUGCUUCCUCUCUCCUCUACCCUCCUAUCACUUUAUUGCCUCUCCUUCCAGUAUGUCCCCUAACCCCUGCUUCCCUCUCCUUUUUCCUUCUCUCCCUCCCAGCUUGAUUCUUGCUCCUUUUCUCCUUAUCUAACCUUGCUUUUCCUCUCCUUUACUCCUCUCCAUCUCCUCUUUCCUUCUGUCCUAUGAUCUUAUUACCCCUCCUACUACUUUUUCACCUCUUCAACUCUGCCUCUUCUCUCUCCUUGCCUCUUCUCUCCUCUUCCCUCUCCUCCUGCCUUUCCUCUUCCCUUUUCCAACAUCUUAUUUUACCUCCUCAUCUCUCCUGUUUCUCCACUUGUACUCUCGUUUUCUUCAGCCUUUCUUCAUCUCUUCUCCUAUCCUUAACCUCAUUUCUUUCCACUCAACUCAUCUCUUUCCUUUCCCUCUUGUCAUUUCUUCUCUGUUUUCUUUUUCUUCACUGCUUCUCUCCUGUUUACGCUUCUUUUCCUCCUCCUCAUCACUUUAUUCUAGUUUACUCUUUUUCUACCCUGUUCUCCUCUUUCCUCCUCAUUUCUCCUCUCAUCUUGUUACCUCUUGCUUUCUUGUCUCCUUUUGUUAUCCCUCCAUUCUCCUGUGUUAUUUCCUUUCCUCACUUCCUUUCCUUUGCCCUUUCUGCUUCAAUCCGACUCUGCCUCUUCUUUCCUCACCUUUUCCUCCCUUACCUCUUCUCUUUCCUCUCUCCUUUCAUCUGUACCCUCUUCACCUUCUUCGCUUUGCAGUCUCCUUUCUCCAGUCGCAUUCUUUCAUCUCAUCUCUUCUUGUUGUUUCACCAUAUCCAUAUUUUUCUUGCUCCUACUUCUCUUCUUUACAUCAGUCUUUCCUUUCCUCCCUCCUCUUCUCCUUUAAUCCUUUUUCUUCUCCUUAACUCUCCUCUGACUCCUGCGUCCUCUUCUCUUCUCCACUUCUUUUUUGUCUUCCUCUUUUAUACUUGGAUCCUAUUCUUUCCUUUUUCUCCUUUCUUGUCCUUUACUCUGUGUUCUCUCCUCUCUGUCCCUGCCUUUCUCUCAUUUCCCCUUUCCUAACUUCCUGUCCUCUUCAACCCUAAUCUUUUCUAAUUUAUGUCCUCUACUCCUCCUCCUUCUCUUAUUUCCUUUUGUCAAUUGUCCUUUUAUCCUUGUCUCUAAUGUCCCCCCCCACUCCUUCCUUUCUCCACACUUCUCAUUCCUUCUCCUCUCCUUCCUCAGCCCUUUACUCCCCUUUUUUCACAAUUUUUGCACCCCCCCUCCGAUUCAUCAGUUUUCGUAGUUAAGCAUGAAAUGAAAGACAAACCAAAUCAAGAGAUAAACAGAAAAAUCUCUCCUCGUCUCUCUCCUCAUUCGUCAAGUUGUAACAUCUCUCAUUUUCCACUUCUUGUGGAAGAGCUGGAAAUAGAAACAACUGUUUUACAGCAAGCCCCUGACAGGCUACUUGUUAUCUCUCUGCAUGUGUCAUUUUACAAUAAGUCCUUGCCCGGGUGGCGUUUGCUGAACCGAUUCUCUGACACAAAUUUGCAUGUUAAGCUGAACGCUCCUCACCAGGGACACUUAAUCAGCACACAGUAUUUAAUGAGUGUGUGUCCCCUGGUGAUUAAUGUGUCUCAUGUGUCCAAUGUGGGAAAGAUCCCUGCAACAUCUGUUUGUUCAUUUCAGUGUUUUUAUGGCACUUCAUAUUUUUCACUCGGAGUAAUAGCUUUCUCGGGGAUAUUAGGCUUUAAAUUUCAGUUUUAAUGAAUUGAAAUUUGAAGAAGCGGCUAAUGAAGUUAUUCUGCUCGCAGUUUACAAUCAAAAAUGAUUGUUUCCCCUAGAAAUCAAAUCGACGUGUCUGAGAGGCCUUUUUCUGUGUGAGCGAGGUGGAAAUGCAGAAAGGAUACUGCGGUAAUAAAGCGGGGUGAGAUUCAAAGCUCAAGGAUAUUUUGUUUUGCGACUACAAAGAGAAUUUCUAUAACCUUCGCUUCAAUUUUUCUCCGGCACUUCUUGGUGUUUGUUUCUGUGGGUGGCUGUGUUUAUGAGCGUAUAAAUAUAUAUAUAAACUCUUCUGGACAGGGACACAGCUUAUAGGUUCAUUGAAAUAUUCGCUGCCCUUGAAUCGUAAGCCAGCUUUAAUUCUUUUAAUGUAAAUGUAAGACAAAGAAAUUUCCGCCUUUUGGAAACCUUUACGCUGGCAGGUCCAAAACAAACUCAUAAAUAUAUGUACAUAUUCCAGAAAGCUGCAGGACAACAGAGAAAGGCUCUUAUAUUGACUUUAAUGUGUUUAUCACAAAGCAUGCAGGGGACGCUGUGGUGGUAAACAAACUGAAAAAUACAGAGAAGAUGGAAGGAAAAAUUACACUUUAGAGGGAAUUAUGCAGAGUCAAAGAUCAAUUCCUGCCUCCAGCAAGAUUCCCCUGCAAUAAUGCAUGACUAAAUUAAUAGUGCCAUCGUUAAUUCAUUACGAUUUACCAGCCGACGACUCGUUGGUUCUCUCAACCUAAGUUUUCCUCGUGUCAUUUCACUGCAGAAGCGUCAGCAUGCACAGACACUCGACUUGAUAGGGAGUCAGGGAGCAGAUCUGAGCCUUCUACAGAUUAACACCAUAGGAUGCCUGCCUUCUGGCUCCUGCCACCAAGUACAUCCACUCAAACCGAGGCCUGACCCCGGGUGUGCCUGUGUCACAGCCCCUGUCCAGCCCCUUAGCACCAUAUGGGCCCGGCAUCUCGCGUUUGCACGCCUCUUUCCAUCGCCACUUCUCAGUCACGGCAGCAGAAGAUUGUUGUCUCCUCCUGACAUGCUCGGCUCCAAUUUAUUUCAUGCACAGAUAGCCAUAUCAGUGCCCAGCAUCCCGCAGCCCCGUAGCCUGUCAAAAACACACUGACCUUUUAUUCUUUUUGUAUCUUAUUUUCUUCCGGUGCCGUGUUUGAAGAUUAUAAUGAGAUAUUUUUCUUAGUUGAUGUGGCCAAAUCUUUAGUUUGGUUCAGUAUGACAGAAAGCUGUAGUGGAGCAGCUUCUACGGUGCACAAACAAAAGAAGAGCAGUCUGUGUCUUUUCCUUAUUGUGGAACUAAACAAACUUGUCUCGGUCAAAUAUAAUUGCGGUCUGAUUUCAUGCUCUACGCAGCGUGAGCCUAACAGUGGCAGGUCAUGGUGAAGUUGGUUACCUGAAGCCUGCAGCUGAAUUUCAUGCCUGCGUUGUGCAUUGCUCUCCUGGUUCAAGUGAGGGAAUGGUAGACUCAUACACCACCAAUACAGCUGCCAUACAGGGAUAAAAUCUAAGCAAAAUCAUGUUGAAUGAUGUUAGCAGAAUAACAAAAAUAACAGUAAAAAUAAAAUCACAGAGGGAUAUUCAUCAUUGUGUGCAAGAAAAAAGUCUUUAAGGUCUUUUUGUGCCAAAAGACUGACCUUUUUUAGUAUAUUAAUGUGUUUCCAGGCAGGUCACCUACCACUGAAUAAUAUCCCCUGAAAAUUCAUACAAGCAAAACGCGCUCAAGAUGGAGAGUAAACACAGCAUGCAGCUGUCAAGUUAUGGUUCUGCAGGCAGCAAUCAAACGCAGCGCUGCCUAAAUUUACUGGUAAAGUAAUGAGUAAAACUGCAGCACCUUCACCGACACGUUCAUGAUGUACACACACAUUCUGACUGGAGCGAGGUAUUUCAGGGAGGAAACUGUAGCCCUGUGUGAACUGCAGAUUAAACUAAGCCCGAGUCUGAGACUCAAAAAUCACACCAUGGCUUUGCUUUGACUUAAUCCUGCCUGUGCACAGUGUCAAGAUCUUGCAUAAUGACGUCAAGUCGCAGCUAUAGCUUGAGAUAACAGAAAAGUUGGAAAACUACAGGGAUUUUGUAACUUUUGUGAUGGGAAUUGAUUGUGAAACCAUCAACAAGCCCUGUCUCAUAGGAAUGACACCACAGCCGACUUCUUAUGUGCAGCUGAAAAUGUGUGGUGCUGCUGUUGCUGCUGGAUUUGGGGGCAUCGAACCAGCAAUGGACACACUAUUGACAUAUUGUCACCUUACGCAAUUAACAUGGAAGAUGCAGAUUCUUGUUUAUACCAAUAAAUGUACACUAAGUGUUAUUCUCAAUUGAUUGGUGGUUAAACUGUUUCUUCAUGUAUCUCUGCUUUGGUUUUAUCCAAACAUAUGCCCUGCUGUAGUUUCGUGAGCAUUUGCAAUGCAUAUCAAAGCUUCCAUAUAGUCCAAAUUAGGAUAGAGUUGGAGGGAUUGGUUAACUUUGAGAGAAACAGCAUACGCUUAAAUCAAAAAGCAUUUUAAGCUGAACAACUAAAGAGGUGACUGAGUACAAAUCAUGUUAAAAUCAAACUAUUCUGCUCAAGAACAGGUGUAUGAUUUUCUAUUGGUGAUAGAGAAGUAUCCAUGCACCGCUGAGCUCUGUUUUCGUCAGGGUGACUAAAUGCACUCGUCAUGUGAAAUAUGUUUCUCUGAAAACAGCUUUUUGGAUGUUUUGCUCAAACGUGUUCUGUGCUGCAAACUUAGAGUAAGGGUUUUGUGACAGGAUUUCUCUUGAACGUCUAAACAGAUUCUGACUGUGUGCUCUGUAGGAGUGGUUUUCCAUGUGUGAGGUUGUACGGUUUGUGAUGCGAUAAGGUUAUAAUGUGUUUUGUGGCUGUUUUUCUGCCCCCCCACGUGUUGUUUAUUACUUUGGCAACCAAACCUGGCCAACCAUGUUUGGUCAGGAGAGACUCUCAGUCGAAGCCCACGCACCCCUUCCUCUGUUUGGGUCAAAAAAGAGUCAAAAACAACAUAUAACCCUGUGAUAUUAAACAGCUGAAUACCCUCUUCCCACACACAUAAAACACACACAUGAGCACAUAAUUUUGACUGUGCAGUAGGGAGUGAUAGAGCACUGUCAUCCUCAGCAGUGAGGCAGUUUGAAACAUGUUCCCCCCCUUUCACAGAUAGAUUCCUCACAUCCACAGGGACUUCUCAACACAAACACUCAUGAUCAAUAACACUUCAUAUGAAGCUAUACGAGAGUUUACCACUCAGUUAUUUUACAUACAGAGACCUCAAUACACCCUGUCUUUUUAACUGGAUGUUGUUUAAUCAUGAAGCAAUAAAACAGGUAGAGCAGGUAUUUGUAAAGACACAUGUCAGAGAUCAUCCUUUAGAGUCUCCAGUCUUCAGUGUUUAAGUAAGAGUCUCCAAAGUCAAGUUUGAAUUAUGUCCCCAAUACCAGAGUCUAUAUUAUUAUUGUUAAUAGGAUAUAAUAUAAUACAAGAAAGACUGCUGUUUGACUUUUGGCUGUAUAGACAACACCUUUCAUCCGACUUUAGAUUCUGACGAUCGUGUUGGCAUGUCCAGAGAUUUGAACUAUCCAUGCAGUGACAGUGUUGUGUGUAAAUGCGCACUGUGGCUCUUUUAAUGUGGUGAUAGAAUGUGUGAGUCCCUGAAAUGUUCCAAAAUUUUCCAGAGUGCGUCUGACAAUGGUUUUAGAUUGUUUUGAAACCCACAGUCACUUUUGUGACAAGAAGUCUAUUCCAGUUGAAGUUCGCCUCUGCUCUCACCCUGAUGGUUCUGUAACAUUAGCCACAGAAUGCACAGCUCUUUCUUUGAAACCAGGACCAAAACUCCAGGGUAUUUAUUAAGCUGUGAGCUUACUGCAAGGUUGUAUUUCCUAGUUUGUGUAUACAAAUACAAACAGUUCACUCACAGUUGUAUACUUUGUUAAUUUAAGUUCAGCAGUGUCUGUGUUUUUGAUGCACACCGGCUACCUAUUCAGAGGAGUAUCAUUAAUUCCUGCUUUCAAGUUGGAGUCUCUUAACUCCAGAAAAAGUUGCUAGAUUUGUCGCUUGGCGCUUUUUAAAAAAAUAAGUCUCUAGGGAGGUCGCUAGGUUAGCAACACUGUGCGGCAUCGUACCGCUUGUAGCACGGGAGUCGCAGCAGCCAAUCAGGAGCAGGUGAUGGCACGCCUAAAUUUACAUGAAAGUCUACCAAACAAGGGAGCCGCAGCAGCCAAUCAGGAGCAAGAGAUGGCUCACUUAAAUUUACAUGGAAGUCUGGUAAAUAACGUAGUCGCAUCAGCCAAUCAGGAGCAAGUGAUGGCACACCGUAAUUUACAUAAAAUGUUGAUGGCAAUCUUACUAUACCCUAGUCUGUUAAUUUAAAUAAUUUAAGUCCUUAGCAUACCAUUUAGUGCCGCUUUUAGUAUCAACUGAUUUGGUCACAUCUUCUCACCUAACAGUAGAAGCUCAUAGGUUGACUGCCUGUGAUUCUGUCCUUGAGUUUUCUCUCUUUUAUGUUUUAUAUACAGUGCAGCCAUGUGCAUGCAUUCAUACACUGCACAAAGUGGAGCUUGUUCUGUGUAAGUAGCACUCAAUGUUGUAUGAAUAGCUAGCAUACAGUUUCAUGUGAUCUUGUCAUACUGGCCCUUCAGCUGAUUUUGUCAUGACUGGCUUCUUGUAUGUUUCAGAGUAAAAGAGUAUUUGGAGGUUAAAUCCAGAAGAAAGAAAGAAAGCAGAAUCCAGAAAACAAACACAAGACUUAAUAGACUUAUUUGUUCCCUGUUCAUUAACACGGGCUAAUAGGCAUUUGCACUUUGUGUUUCACUGGAUUUAGUUGGAGAUUUCGUGAUGUAAUGGAAAAACUUGUGUUGCUCAGUCACUGCGGCAGGAUUAGUAAAGGAGGCAAGGAACUGACUUCUGCAAUUCCUCUGCUGUAUUCUGUUUGUGUGAACCGAAAACGCACAGUCUCCACCGCAGGCUGUCUGUUAUGCUUAGAUUACUUCAACGUGACUUGUCUCAUUGUCGUCUUUCCGCGCUUAGUCAACGAACAGGUCACCCUGAGAUGUCUGCCGUACAGUCUUAUAGCGAUUACUGUAAGACAGCAGCUCCUCCCCCUCUACACUGAGGUUAUACAUGCAUGUUUGUGUUCCUCCAGGAAGUGCGGCUUCAUUGUAAACACCGCUGUUGCAUAAUUCACAUCAGGAGGGAGGCAGCUGUUCGUGAGGACUGGCAGGUAAUGGGGCAGAGAGAUGCUUGGUAGCCUCACAGGAGGCUGGAGGGCAAAUCCUGUAUCACUCAGAGAUGUAACACAGUUUCAGCGUCUCCCAAAGGGAUCCUGUCUGGGAGCACGGCCGUGGGUCACUGAUAAAGGAGCUGUAUUAAAGGCUGACUAAUGAUAGAAGCAAUAUUGGACUCAGACUUCGCCACCUGCAUGGAGAGCAUCUGUCCGUCAUCACAAGGCAAUCUCACUUUUUAUUAAUCCUUUGGAGGUGGUAAUGAAUUUCAUCUGGAGAAUUGCAAGGGCUCCCAAAGGUCACUGUCUGCACUUUUGCUUCCUCGAUCUCUUUAUCUAUCUCUCUAAUCCACCUCUUUUCUAUAUUAAUAUGCGGUAAACACCGUCAUGUUAUGCAAGGCGACGAAUCCUUACAAUUAAGUGGUGCUCUUCUUGUGUUUAUUCAAGAGACACAUGGUGGAUUUCUCACACAAACGUUUGCAUUUGGUGAAAAUAAAAAGGUACAUUCAACACAAAUGGAUAAAAUCAGUGUGUCAGUGCCUUUCCCACUAUUUUCCUCUUCUUGCUAACCCACUACAUAAAUAUUUGCAUUGCAGUAGCUUGACAAGCUCUUGAAUUUGACCAAAUGUAGACUCAUAGUACAUCGUUGAUAAUAAGGAAUAGUUGGUAGUUGCGCAGGCUUUUAAAACAGUUUCACAGGAUGAGGUUCAAUCUCCUUUUUCUUUAUCUGUGUCUGUUCAUUAGCCUUCUGCUGUUCUUCCUAAUCAAAUCCUAAAGCAGACAGUCAGUGCUCGGCCUGCAGCACAUCUGAACUGACUGACCAUCAGUAUUGCUCCUCUUGCAGUAACAUGAUUGAUGUUUGGUCAUUUGCCCAGGAUGCGUUGCUGCGAAUGCCUAGCGUGUAACGCAUUUGUCAGAAUAUUUCAGAAAAAGAGUGGACUGAGAUGGAAAAGAGCAAAUAAGUUUUCUCCCUGAAAAGAAGAGAGAGGAGGGUUUACAUGUGGUAAUAUGCUCUUUGGUAGCUGUGUGAUCGUUCCUGCCUGAUCCUCCUGCAUACGCUCGGUCACUGCGCUGCGUAGAGUCUCAUUAGUAUGGGUGUCACUACCUCUCCUUCAGCUGAACCUGCCAUGCCACUACUGUAGUAGAGCUGCCUGCCUGCAUGCCGCAUUGUCCCUGGAUGGCCGAUGUGAAGCUGCCAGCUCUGUCUCCUCCAAGGAUGACUGAAAUGUGGGCGAGCGUCAGAAGCUGAAUGUCAUGAUUCAAGCAAAGGAAAUGUGUGUGUGUGUGGAGCAGCAAAGAGAAGCAUGUUUCUAUGAUGUAAAAUGAAAAGAGAAUAUUAAAGAGGCCUUCAGGAUUAUCACUUCUACCAAUGCUAACAUGAGGCCUGCAUUCGAAUGAAUGAAGAGGGUGUGAAAAACAACUGAAAAGGAUGAAGACUUUACCUUUUAUGAAACUGAUUGUUUACUGUUGGUGGAUGUAGAGUCAAAAUCAAGUCAGCAGGUACAAAAAGCCAAUAGCAGUGAGGUUUCAUUCGAUACCCCUGUUUCUUGUUCCACCGGUCUCUGUAAAAAUAAGUCAAAAUGCCAGAAAACAGCUGAGUUGUGGUUUUACAGCAUGGCUGAUAACGUAACCAUAACACCUACGUGUAUUUCUCUUAUUUUUACAGCCGCCUCAUCGUUGGACGAGGAUCAAAAACUCUCAUAUGUACGACAACGACAGCCUAGCAUAUUUGUUUGUUUACGCUGACAGUUUUGGCGGAAGCGCUCCCGUGUUUUUUAGUUGCAACACAGGUGUUAAAAUGUGGCUCAAUCCAAGGACAAAACUGACAGUGGGAAGCAAAGUGAAGACAUUUACAAGAUCCAACAACGCUCUGCCUUAAACUAACACAUGUUUAUGAGACAGGCCAAGGUAUUAAAAAAAGAACCACAUCAAAAUAUAACAAGUUAAAAAUGGAGUAAACCACAGCACGGACCUUGACUUACGGGCAUCUAAAUAUCUCAUCAGGUAGAAACUGUCUUCAGAUAAAUUGAUAAAUCAACUGAACUUAGCUCCAACCAUUUCUUCAACCAGAAUUUGCUCCAAGUACGUCAAGGCUUACCAAGAGCGAUCACAGGUGUGCUCUGCCUUACCAUGGUUUUUCCACCAUUUUCACAGAACAGAACAAUAUUGACAGUUCAGGGCUGACAGCCUCAGGUAGCCGACAUGAAGUCUGAGCGUGAUCAGCCUGCAAGGCAGCAAUAGAGCCACAUUUCGAUUCAACACUCUAAGUUAAGAGGAAAGCUCUUAAAUUAAUUCAAACGGUGCUUACCAAAUAAAACAUAUCCUCACUCACUGUCACUAUUCUGUCCGAUUGUGGAUUUCUCUCUCCCAUCUUAGCUCACAAUUUAUUUCAACAUCCUGUAAACACCUUUUUUUUCUGUGACCGUUAUUUAAGCAAGGUUACAAACUAGUGAUGGGCACAGCAGUUCUUUUAGAAGUACUGAACCGCUAGAAUCAGUUCACUAAAAAGAUUCGUUCAAAAGAUUUGUUCACCAAAUCACCAAAUUAUUCAGCGCUUGGUGGGAGGAGCUUGUGUCUCCCACUUCCUGAACUGAUACACAGCUGUACGGUUCAGGAUUCAGUUCAGUUCAUAGCUUUGGGACUGGGAGACGAGAGUGUUUGGCUGUGUUGCUUUGACAAACAGGUUUGUAAAAAUGAACAUGUUUAUAAGUCAUGAUGUUUUAAGUGUACUGUCCUAUGGUAUGCUAUUUGUGUACUAAAUUGGGCUCAGUGAGUGAUUCGUUCACAUAACGUUUAGAAUUCACACUGAACAUGCACCGUUGACGUGAGAAACAAACGAAUCACUUGACAAAAUGAUUUGGUUCAGUAUGUUUAUUUAAAUGAUUCAGUUCUUUUGAAUGAAUCGUUCGCGAAUGACACAACACUAUCACAAACAGUUGAUCCUGAAUAGGCCAAUAACCAAUUGUGGUUAUGGAUCUCAGGGUGGUCACUGCGUUGGCCAAUCAAAUGGCCACCCUGGCUCCUCUACUUCAUAUUUUUGUUCACGUUUAAGUUUCAAGUUCUGCACUAAAAUCCCAGAAUCGCAGAAGUCAGUAAAUUCGUUUCCACUUGGGUUGCUGCAAUUUUGUAAAAACACUUUUGAGUAAUCUUGAAAAGUCAGCAAAAUAAGGCCUUAAAAGCUCUACACUGACUUGACCUGGACAUACCCAAAAGAACCCGAUAUUCACUUGGAUUUGAAGGAAAUAUAAUUGCCAGAAUUCUUUGUGACUCAGCAGUUUUGAGCUACAGUUUUCUCCCUCACAGUUGACUCAGAAGUCAGUACAUUUUAUUCUGGUCCAGCCUCUCGCUCUGUCACUCGCUUUUCUCUUUUCAGCGCUCCCCUUCAGCAUCUUCCUGUUUUCUGUGUGCUUCUGCCACGAUGUCGGUCCAGAGUAAACAGAGGUAAAAAAAAAGUUAAAUCCAAAAAGGCCUGAUUGGGAAGGAACAGCUCAAAAGCAUGUGAUGUUUGUUUAAAUACGUAUAAAACCACUCACCAAGCAGCUCUGAGUUUAACAGACACAGAAAACCCACCCUGACAGGCUUCCUGUUCGCCCUUUUCUUCAGUUCACUUUGAAGCAUUAUAGAAAAGUGCGGCUUGUCCUGGCGAUAAAUGGAAGGAAGGGAUAAUUACAUAAGCACAGAAAAUAGCUGAGCGUAUAGAGAUGUUUAUAUACCUUUCUUUGUGCACUCAGGGCGAUUGUCCUUUGUCCCACCUGGAGGCCAGAGGAUAAACUCCCCUCUCACCCCCUGCUGCUAUGUCAUCACUCUUGGACUUCAUUCAAUCAGUAUGACAAUAGGAUAAAACUGCGCUUGCCUUUGCAAAGUCACUGAUAAUGUAAUGUUCUAUUUUUGGCCUUCCCAGCACACACUCCUCUGUUCCUUUGGUACUCUCCCUCAAAACGCCACCCGACACGAGAAAUCAGACACAAAACUUGGAAACUACCAGAGCGUCACUUUGAUACAACAUAAAUUGUUAAAAAAUACUUGGCUUCGAUGCGCUGUGAUUGAGCCGGGACACUGCUGCGCGGCUUUCCAUUAUCAACAAACUCAAACCCAACACAUUACAUUUCUGUCGUCAUGGCAUCACAACCCCCUCCUCCCUCCUUCUGAUGCUCAUGUAACUCACGCUACGCUUCAGGUUUGUUCCUCAUGUGCUCACAGUGAGACAUAUUGACAUGUUGUCUCUGUGUUUUUGAUAAUGCAUUUGGUCCUGGAAGAUAAGAGGCUCAUACCUCAAACUGACAGGUCUGUCGGGCUGCAGCCUCACCUCAUCGCUUUACAGUCUCUCAAUCAUCCUGUACUCUAAUUCUUACCUAUAAAACUCCAGCACAUUUCAGAUUACCGACUUUUACAUUUCACUCUCUCCUGGCAUGUUUACUAUCCUAAAUGCUCUUUCAUCAUUUAUACUCUCCCUCCUCUUUUUUCCUCCUAAGUGUUUCUCCUUGUCUCUGUCCUUGUUACUGUCAGUUCCUUCUAUUUAACGCUCUUGCCGUCCUGGCACACAGUCUGUCGCACUGACUCAGUUUUCAGUUUGACUCAGACUUUCUCUCUUACUCCUUUCUCAUUAAAUGAAUGUUGUUUUUAAUAAAGGUUCAAUGCUCCGCUCUCUCUCUCUCACCUUGCUAGUCCCAGCAGCCUGAAAGAAAUGGGAAAAGUAAACACCUGCAGAAGAUGUAGUUAAUAAACAGGGAGGUCUGGGUUUGAAAUUAGCUGUGUUAGUGGCUCCUUUGGGUAAACCGGGCAGCGCACGCUCAUUAAUCAAAAGCUGAAGCCUUUGAGGCGCGGUGGACUUGGCUGAAGGUGUGUACCACAGAGGGUGUCAGCUGAAGUAAUGGCCAUUGUGAUCUUGUAGAAAGGAUGGUUGGUGGUCAUGUAUUGAUCUGAGUUUGCUUUCAUUGACUGCCACUUAAACUUUUUUAGCUUUUAGUGAGGCUUCAGCUACAGCUAGCCAAGCUGCUGCUGAUCUGAGCUUACCUGCUACAAGGACUGAAGGGCUUGACACUGAAUUUUUUCAGACGGAGCACAUGUGCAUUUAAGUUGAAAAAGUAAGGAACACAUGAAGAACUUUAGGGGCACAAUGAAAAUUGAUCAAAUAAAGUGUGUCUUAUUGUUAGACAUAAGUACUAUCAUUUAAAAUCAAUUUUAAGUCUAUUGGUCACAUGACAUGGAAGGUUCAAAAUUUGCCUUUAAACUUAACACAAAAAUUUGUUGAGGCCAAAUUAGGGAAAUAAAGAGGUGUGUCUUAAUGGUGGACAUAAGUACUGUUAUUUGAAAUCAAUUUUAGGUCAAUUGGUCUCAUGACAUGGAAGCUAUUGAAGGAAAACAGCCUUUUUGAAAACAUCAACCAGUAAUUUAUUGAUGGUCCCUUAUUUAACACCCUACGUUGACAGAGAGGGUGCAGAGUAGAUUUAACUGCGCUGCUGUUGCUAUUCCCGGUUAUGGAGUGUGAGAAGACACCAGUAAAUCCGUCAAAUAUCCAACUUAAAACUAACUUCACCGCGGUAUUUACAUAGAAAAAUGAUUUUUUUUAUUCGCACAUGUGCCGCUAAAAACAUUUUACAAUUCGCACACAAUUUUUACAAUUUUUAAUCGCAAAUGCAAGUGAACCGGUCGCACUGUCUAGCCCUGGACUGUUUCAAAAUAUCAGUGUCAAAGGCAACAGUCUUUAAAAAACAUAGAAUUCCAAUAUCGUGCUUAAGGAAAGCAUACAGUUAUACCAUAAGUGAAUAGCAGUGGCCCUUUCCAUGGGUAGCCACACAUCUGAAGAUAGAGGAUAGCCAAGUAAAGAAGCAGCAGCAGACUGCUUGUGAUUUCACUAAAGCAACUGUCUGAGAGAUGAUAAGGCACAUUUUAGAUUACUAAUCAAUUGAACAUUUAUACUUUCUUUUUCAUUCAGCUCUGUAACUUUAGAGGUACUAUAAAUAAAGUAAAUAAAGUAUUUAAUACAAGAUGGGGAACACUUAGUUAUGAUUAUGAGUACAUUUAAUAAAGUAAUGUGUUUCUUCAUCCUUGUCUUGUCACAAUAAUAAAAUAACUUAUAUUUGAUGGCUGUGAUAAUCUUGAGGUGAAAAUCUGACAUUAUUACAGCCCUAUUGUUAUUAUAAUCGAUCAUUAUUAAUGGUGUUGUGAAUGGAAAUGCUGUGUGAGCAGUUGUGUGGUAAGUCUGGCCAAACAAAAUGAUGAAAUUGGUUCAUCUUUAAGUCAUAAAAUCCAGAGGCAAUGCUUUCAAAAGUGGCCAAUCAGCUAUGGGUGAUAAAACUUGACCAUGACAGUGAGAUCUGGAGUUCGUUUUUAAUAUGCGUUUGCCUGAACUGAAUGCCGUUUUUACUUAUCGUUUUGAAUCUGUCAUUGGUGUAUUUGGAAAUUGUGAUGUUUGCUUCAUGAAGUGACAAAUGCUGUUUUCUCACACCUUGAAUUUCUGGUUGUCCACCCUUCUUUGAUUAUACUUCACGCUGCACCUUGAAAACAUUUCUGCAAGGAAGUGUUUCCUCCAAAAGCAAGAUGUAAGCAUGAGCAUGGGUACUGGCGUGCUUUGAUUCAUGGGACACCUCCACUAUUGAUUGAACCCACUUUGUUGCGAGAUCAAGGCCUCCCAACUGGCUCAACACAUGGUCAGGAUUUGCAUUCAGCAUUUUAUUAUCAAAGACUUUUCUGCACCCAAAAUGCUGAUCCCUGUAUCUGACUGAUGUAUCCUUGAACAAAGAAACUGUACCCUUUGCAUUAUUUAUGUAUUUGGUGUUCAGUAUGCUAAUGGUGAACUCCAGUUUUUAUUUCCCUGUGACAUAUGGCUGUUGUCAUACCAGUGAAACGCAAGCCCAGCUGACCGAGACUAGCGGCGACACAUUCAAGGAAAAAAGGACAACACCAUCUCCUCUGUCCUGUUGUUAAUGAGUUCUUUUUAAUUUAGUAUUUAAAGUUUGGGUGUCACCUCUUAUAAACAAAACUCUUAAAAGUCAUGACUUUCUCUUGGAUUUGACAAUCUAAGUAUCUGUUCUUAUCCAUACUCCAAUACGUGCCGUAAAAACAGCUUAACUAAGUAACCCCUUUAUCUUAUCAGAACCCACUCCAGAUUACAGAUAAUACAUUAAUCCCUCUUAUUUUUUAAACCAGCUGCUUAUCACUUAAUGUAUCAUCCUCUUGCUCCAGUGAAUCCGCUCCUCAGCAGAAACCUCUCCACAAUAUACAUAAAUUUCAGUUUGCGUCAGAGCCGAAUGUGAAUCAUCAGCCUCUAACUAACCAGCCGGCCAACUAACUGACUCACAGCAGCAUGUUGUUUGAUGUGAUCAACUGGUUGUGCUGAUGUCAGGAAUAAUUCCUUGCAGCCAGACUCUGCAGAUACUGAAUCACCAAACUCUCUUUUCUCUACUGUCUAAAGCUUUGUUUUUGUUUUUUUAUGCAAUUCAGAAAAAAAAAAACAGUUUCUUGAAAGCACAACUAGAAAACCAAUAGAAACUCAGGAGCGGUAUUUUACGUGUGAUCAUUAAAAGGUAUAAAAUUUGAUGCUGCUUCUAAAUGGUUAUGUGAUGCUUAAUGUACAAAUGCAGGAUAACACGUAUGAAGUACUAUAUAUCAUUAACUACGGUACUAAAUAGUUAAUCUGAAUAUAUAUUGCUCCUUUUAUGUUUUAUUAAUGCAUGUUUCAAGACGUUAUUCAUCCACAUUGCAUGCAAUAAAAGACAUAAAUUAAUUAUCAGACAGAAGCACAUUAAGCUGCAGGAGGCAGAUAUUGGCUUCUUUUUCUGUGAGAGGGGGCUGUAAACAUGGCCGCAGCCCAAGUGAGGAACAACCGCAGUAACAAUAGCUGUCAGAUUAUAAAUUUAAGCCAAUGCCACUUUGAGAUCUCAGCACCAAGCCGUUGCCUUUUGUUUGAUUAUUGGUAUGAGAGCAAUGAGAAAUGCUUUCUCACCGUCCUUUAGUCCGUAAUCCCCUUAAUGUCAAAUCUCAGUUGUGAAAGGCUGAGGUUUCCCCUGUGUGAGCUCAAUGUCAGAUGACAGUGCACAAUCCUCCUAAACUAAGGUCAUGAUAUGAUUCCUCUUCAGUUCAUGAGCUGUUGUUUAUGAAACGUUGUGAGAGUGCUGUUUUAAUCUGCAUGAGUGGAUGCAGCAAAAAUGUGGUCACAGCUAGAGUUUUUUUGAGGAGAUUUUGAGUCCGUGCAGUGAUUUCCACUUCAGAGUCAUGUCUGUUUGUAAUGCCGUGCUGCCUGAGGAAGAGAAGAUCAUUGAAGAUCAUGGCCAUUUAGUAUUGGUUAUCUAGUCUUGUUCAUUUUUGUACAGGAGCUUUUAUUGCAUUCAUUAAGGAAACAGAAAUUUUGCUCUGACUUAAUAAACUAUCGAGAUUUUCAAAAGAGCUUUUAAGGAAAUUUUAAAAAAUGUUCAAUUUUUUUUUUUUCAGUUAACAAGAUCAUUUCUUUGUUAAUUCAGAAUAACAGAGUAAAAUUGAGUGUUACAUAAAAUGUUUAUCCAAUUCUGGGAUCAUUUUCUUGUUAAUUUAAAAAUUCAGGGCAGAAAGUUUCAAUUUGCAAAACACUCAUCUUGUAAUUCUAAGAUAAUUAUUUGGUUAAUUUAGAAAAAAUGAAAAAAAAAAUGUAUCCAUACAGUUGUCUCAUAAUUUUGAGAUAGCUAUCUUGUUUAUUCAGAGAAACGGAGCAGAAUAUUAUUUCAAGAUUUCUUCAGAUUCUCUGAAUAUUUAAUGACAUAUAGGCCUACUGUAAAUGAUUACUUUAUUAUUACUAAUGUCAUUAUUUUUUUACAAUUUUAUGUCAAGGAACGCUUUUCUGUAAUUGUUUAAUUCUUUGCUCACACAGUCUCUCACAAAGAGGUAAAUCUCUGCCCAUCUGUACUUCAUGUUGCAAGUUGACCUGAUUCAUUUCGAGGUGUUUCUCCAGGUGUUUUUCUAAACAUUUUACAUUUUUUGGCGUUUUGUUGUCCCUACUGUGAUUUUUUUCUUGAUAUGUUACCAGCAUACAAUUUAAAAUAUGCAGUUUUUCAAUAUAAACAUUCCGUUUCAACAUCUGAUAUUUUGUCUUUAACCCUUUUAUUUAAAAUAUAGUAUUUAUAUGAUUUGUAAACCAUCACUUUAUUUUGUUAGCAUCCUAACUUUUUUGAAUCGUGGUGGUAGCAGUACUUUAGCGUUAUUAUAAACGACAUGCAUUAGCCUGAAAACCUGCCUUGUUAUCACAGUCACAGAAGACUUUACUCUCCAUUUAUUUCGUUUAAUCUAUCAUAAGAUCACUGUCAAUAGUUUUUUAUGACAGUUCACCAAUUAUUACCCAAGUGAUGAAUCCUUCUCAACAAUAGCUGAGAUAAUACCGACUGUAAUGUACAGAUGAUUUGUAUUGAUCACAACAUCCGUCACUGUCCAAGUCAGUGUUUACAUCCCGCUCUUAAAGCUAUAACUCAGCGAUGCAGACAGCAAUCCAGUGAGGAAGAACAAGUGGAGGUGAAGCGCCUAUGCAUCCAUUCAGUGAUUAAGAUUGUGCUCUCGUGACGUAUGUGAGCGCCUCUGAUGUAGCCGAUCUCAGUCUUGACAGUAUAGCUCUCGGUGGAAAAGGCUCAGUGAUAGGCUGUUACACCCAAUGUUUCCCCUGUCUAUGUGUGUAUGUGUGUGUUUUUGUGUGUCCGUGUUGGUGCAGCUGUCUUGACAGCGGCAUGAUGGCUGUGGGUGAUGGAGUGCUCACAGCAGGCAGACCGGAGUAAUGAGUAGUGCUUGGCUGCAGCUGAUACUCCAGGGUCAGGCUCACCUGAAAUGGAUACCUACUCAUGCACCCACACAGCCGCAACCUCGCCCUCUUACAAUAAACUUAAAGCGUUCCAGAGGACACUCAUAUCACUUCAUUUAUCUAGCGUUUUUAGACCACCCUGCCUCUAAGAGUAUGAUGUAUGAAUGAUGCUAUCCAGUCUUUAAUAGCCGAAGCCCUUCAUCACUGUGUCAGAGGUAUUGACUGAGGUUUUCAUAAAUGUUGCUGUGGAAAUUGACAAGUUUAAGAGGAUUGCGCCCUAAGGAGAUAAAUCCCUCUGUAUUUAUCAUGGCUGUUGUCUUGUCGAAGCUUGCAUGUAGUGCCUGUGGUCAUGGAUACGGUCGCUCAGGGCUUACCAUUAGAUCAAUAACAUGUUCCGAGCCAUCUCCUGGGUUGUUUUCCCCUUUGGCAGACAUAUGAUCAGAGGGGGUUUGUCUUUAAUAGCUACGAGGGCAGAUAGGUAGAGGGACUAUUAAGGCACAACAGUGGGAGAGUCCAGUUAUUAUUGCCUGAUGGAUCCAGAAUAUGGCCAUCAAGCGUUACCUGUCCUUUUAAAACAGAUGGGACUGUCAUAGAAAUGCAAGGUGCCGCUUUAUUUCAGUUGUGUACGGACAGGCUCCUGUAAAACAUGAAAUAGACACUGAAUCUUGAACUAUGAAAUAUAUUGUAUGCUAAACAGACGUAAACAGAAGCAAGAUUUUGCAGCCCCUUUUCAUCAGUGAGUCUGGUCCUGCUCAAAGCCUUCAAAACAGUAUGGACAUCCAUUCAAAAGAGCCUAACUCUGCAGCAAGAAUAAACAUGUCUGCAGUCAGUUCAUAAAAGGUUGCCUGUCUGGAUUGAUGAUUUCUCCAUUCAUACACAAAUUACACUGCAGAGAAUUUUUCUACAACCUAUAAAUUUUUCUGAUUUCAAGGCUAAGGGUCAACCAAUAUUGAUUUGUCAGGGUCGAUACAGAUCCAUACAGAUUAUUGGCAGUUCAUGAGACUGAUAGUGGGCAUAAAUUCACAGUGUAAAUGAAAAACUCUCUGAGCAAAAACUUUGCCUCUGUGCCUUUAGCAAAUCUUAUCAGGUCUGAAUUUUCCAACAACCUCAUUUACUCAAAGCCUCCAUCAGAUGUCUACAGCCAUGCCAACACCUUUGUUAUGCCUACAGUGACGUGCUAACAUGCUACUGUACAACAUAGCUAGAGAUUUUACAUAUCUGACUUUUUGCUUUUUAACAUAAUGAGACAAUACCAAGAACCUCUCAAAAACAGUACCUCUAAAUAUUGAAUAUCUUGUUGAAAGAAAGCACUAAUUGAGGCCCCAACUAAACGAAUGCGGAUAUAUUUCAAACCGCACAUAUUUAUGUCCGAUUAGACCACACCAAAACGGGAGUUUGGAACACACAAACCGGAUGAAUCUGAAUCCGAAAAAACAAGUGGAGAAAUAAAAAAAUAUCCGUAUAAGUGGAUUUGUGUGGUUGAACUUUUACGGAUCGAUGACGUCAAACCGCAGCUUGCGCAUGCGAAUUAAAAAGAAAAACAACAACAACAAUGGCGGACAUACAGGGUAUUCUUUAUGUUUGUUUUGCCCUUUUGGGGCUAAUUUCAGUCUUGCAAGUGAACCUUGUAUAAACUUCCGUAUGUCAAAGCCAUCGCUGGUUUCUUUGGCUGAGAACUAACACGUGUGGACAGAUACAUUUAUUUAGACGGGAGUACAAAAAUAUCCUGAUAAAUAAAUAUCUAUAUACAUGUAGUCCGGGCCUUAAUUUACAUCCUUGUUUGCUAACUCUUCAUUAUGUUUGUUUGUUAUUGUCGGAAGAGACCUGUGAGACCAGCGAUGAAGAACGUGGGAGCUGAUGAAUUAUAAUACAAGAUCAGAGCAUUGACUAGCAAACUUUACUUUAGCUUUCAGCCAAAUCUUUGUUUGUGAGUCAGAUCAGCUGUUAUCCCUGAGUCGGAUCCAGAUCCCACACCUUGUUGUGAGCGAGAAGAAGCCGAACGCUUCCAAAGCACAGUUAAGCUGUGUCUCAUUUAUUUGGACCGGGAAAUGAUAUUGAUGAGCCUCUCUACUCUGCCAAGUCACUUCUCUGUUAAUCAAGCUGUCUGUGAUCUUUAUUUGUCCGAAAACGUCUAUUUGUAGUGUCUGUUGAGCUGUCGUAUGUAGUCCAAAGCCUGUUAGUGGAACAAAAACCAUCUUUUUGAAAAGCGUCCCAUCUGGCAGAGGGAUCCAUUGAGAUCAAAUUAAAAGUAAAGUGAGUUCUCUAUCAUCUAACGGUUCUUUCAGUCCGUCAGCUUUUUAGCUGCUAUCUCUCCAGUCUACAACUGCAUUUAAAGGAUAUCGCUGACAAAAUGUAAUCUAUUCUCAGUACUAUAGGUACACGCACCAGCUUAAACUUGAACCACAUUAUCGCUCAUUGCAUUGAAACCUUGUGAAAAUCCAACAGGACUAAAGAUAAACAGUAAGAUGCUUUAGUUCUGUCUGUUGAAGGUCCAAACAAAUAAGGACCUCCAUAUUGAUUUAAGUAGAAUUGAACUCCCUGUUCUGUGUAUUUAGUUGAUUUAGUUCUUUAUUUCUUACCACUUACUGCAUUAGGAAGUUUACCCCAGUCCAAAUACAAAUGGCCAAACACAAAUCCUUUUUAUCCACGAGCAUCAUGUAGUUAAGAUAAGACACCAUGUCCUUUUCUUAUGAAAGUGAUCUAUUCAUGCUGUCACACACUAUGAGAGUGAUUCCUGUUAUUCUUGGAGUAAAAAAUAACAAAUCCAUAAACUGAAACUUGCUUUGGUCAAAAAAAUAAAUCACAAUGCUUUUCCAUGACUAGCCGAGACCACCUGCAGUGCUGGGCUCAUUGGUUUGUGCUGCAGCUAUCUGUCCUUGUUGAACCAGCGAACUCGGCGCCUUAUAAUUCUGCUUGUGAAGAACCUGAUCAGCAGGACGCCUGUACAGCCCUCUGAUGUUGCUAAGCUGUUUGCAGUCUGCUGUCAUGUCCUUUAGUGUCGUGUUUCUCGUCUUUGCAGUCUCUCGCUCUCUCUGACUCUCUCUCUCACUGAGUCUGCUGUCACUGACACUAUCCAGUCGUGCUUUAAGAUAGCUGAGAUUAUGAACGGACAUAUGGUCCAGAUGUUUAAACAUGUUUAAACCCCCCUGCUGAGGGGAUGUUGUUAUUGUUGCAAAUGUAUUUUACUCCCAGUCACUCAAACAAUCUGAUUUAUUCUUACUAAUGUUGCAGAUUUCCUUUCCUAGAGUUCCUCUUGUCCACUUUAGCUGUAACUACAUUUAUUUUUGUCAUUUUUACAUGUGAUGGCGCAGCAAAAAGACUCAGUAUAACAAGUGCAGAUUUCUACACUGCAGCGCUGAGGCUUAUGGGAUCACUGAUCUACUGAAUACUUUGUCAGGGGUUCGUUUUCUGCAUUUCAUUACUCUCUUAAUUCCCAAUCCUUUCUCAAAAUAAAGCCCAGACAGAACCUUUAAAGAAGGCGCCUCAGCCUGGCAACUUUAAACACAAUCAGUAUCAGAAGAAAGUGUGUGUCAUUUUUAACAUAAAUGCAUUUGAUUCAUAACAAACUCUGGAAAGUGCUGGUGCUUGUGUACUGGACUUCUUUACAAUGAGGUUUGUGUAAAUAGAAAGAGAUAGUGCCAAUGUAUGCAAAUAACCCUGUUUAAAUUCAUGCAAAUAAUACAAAGGCUCCGAGAUGCUACACACUAUGAAAGCAGUUAAAGGGGCAUUUCAGCCUUUCACUUUGCAAAUGACACAUGUUCAUGCUUCUUAUUUGUAUAUUUGUUUAGUGCUAUCCCUCGAUGAAUUCCUUCCUGAGGGUUUGAGAACUGCUGAAAACAAUGUGAGCUUUGAUUGAUUGGUGUUAAGAGUCCCACUCCGAUAGUUUUUGUAUGUGUUAUCAGUGGUGUUUAAACUGUGAUUAUGAAGUUUUUAGCCGAAAUUAUGUUACCUAUGUCAUUUUCAAGAGCUUUUCUUCUGCAGAGCUCCAGUAGAUCAUUAGCAAUUUGCCUCUGAGUCGUGGGCGAAGACAGCGCUGCUCUGCACACUUCUCCUCGAGUUAGCUUGCAACCUUAAUUAGUAUAAGAAGCAGGUAACAUAGGAGCUAUCCAGCUCUCGGACACUAAUGUCUUUAGGGGCAUGAUGAAGGUUAAUAUCAUAAUUAGCUUUCUUACAAACGUUGUAAUCCGCUACCGCACACGCUUGUUUUGCGAUCGUCCUCUGUAUUUCUCAGAGUGUGACCUGCAUAGCAGGGUUUUGGGGGCGGAGCUUGGAUUGGUUACGUAGGUAAUCUCACUGUAUCUGAUCCUGCUGUUUGGGUGUGCCAGAGACUGACAGCAAUUUGAAUGAAGAAAUAAUCAAAAAUGCAAUUUCGCACUUCUUUUUCUCAUGAUAUGUCCUCUAGUAUCAGAAAAAUGCCAUAUCAACAGUUAGACAACAAGAAAAACAUGAUUUUCAUCAGAGUGGGUCUUUAAAGUGCAAAGAAAUGUGACCUUUUGCAAUCUCUAGUCCGGUCCAACUCUGAUAAACUGUUAGCUCUAAAUUGACAAGGUGCACAGUCAAAACUCUUAAAAGCUCACCUUGCUAACUAGCUAUUUUCAUUCCUGAACCUUGAAGCACCUUUGCACCCUUGUUCAUUUCCCCCCCCUCUUCACCCCUUAACAAAUAGCAUCAACCGAUAUAAGCUGUUGAAAUGUAUCCUGCGCUUGUUUGGACGUAUCAGACUUUUAGCUCAGGAUUUGAGAGUCUGUUUACAGGAUCAGUCACUCAAGAGAAGAUAAAGGAGCAGGCUUUAUUAUGCUAACAGAGUUUACACAUCUUCAUUUUGCAUAAACACAAACGGUCUCAUCCAUGCUCACAUCUGCCAAAUUCAGUGCUGCUACUUAGCACGCGAUACCUAUUUUCCCUGGAGGGCAGUGCCCAUUAGUGCGUGAUUGACAUCAUUGAAGUUUGUUAUGUAAUCCACGGAGGGACAAGGACGUCGUUUUCUUGUGCUCUCUCUGUCAUCUGAGUUUAGCAGCAGUUUUUCCCCUUUUGGUUCGGCUCUGAGGCCAAAUGAUUCAGAGAAGCUGUCACAUGACACGAGAUAAUGAGUCGCCCGCACUGCUGCAGCAUGACAGCAAGGAGGUCUGCUCAAAUACAUUGCAGCAAAGUGUGCCUUAGCGUCCAAGGACAAUGCUUUGUCACUUGAAACUGCCGUAUGCACUGUGUGGCAUUGAGUGUGUGUGUGUGUGUGUGUUUGGAUUUCGUUUAUGUGCUGUUUGGCUACCUGAAUGAGAUUUAAAUAUGAGAAGUGUGUGGAAGGAAGUGAAGGAUGGCCUUCAUACAUAAUGAACUUUGAUAUACUGCCAAGGAGACUUGUCAGAGUUGCUUUAUGUCAAGAAUCAGUGCCAGCUCCAAGAAGUUGGAUACAAGUUCUGGUUUGCGUGAUCCGCACUCCCUUAAAACGUCGCACUCGUGUAAUGACCUUUAUAAGUGAUUUGCACAAUAGUUUCCAGGUGUAUAUCAUGUGUCCUUAAAAGGUCUCCUUUUACAUGAGGUGCGAUGUGUUGUUUUGAGUUUUCUCUGACAGCCACAAGGCAAAUGAUGGUCUCGAGUGGAUUAUAAUCUUCAACACUGACUGUUCAUCCCAGACCGCAGGAGCUCGGGAUUUCUCAACAGUGCCGUUAAAUUGUGUUAAAUCCUGCCAGCCAACAGGAUAGAAAUUGUUUGACUCCUUUCAAGCGGUGCUGUCGAUCGGUGCCCUUUAUUAAGUCUGUCUUCGUAGAGACGGCUAAUUAUUCCAAGAGCAGUUUGGGCUCACAAGCAAUGAAUGGAAGGAAAAUGGUUAAGAAUAGAUACAGCGUGUUUGGCGGUGUACUGACCUUUAGUCUUAAAACUAGGUCAACGGUGACAACACUCUGGGGCCGUCAUCUCCCAAAAUGCAGUUCAGUAAAAGCAGAAACCAAAAGCAGAUUGUCACCAUUUUGUCCAAGAAGUGAAAAAAACCUUAUUCAGAGUUUGAUUAACAUUUUUUACAACAAUGAUCAUUUGAAAACGAGUCUCAACAUUUAAUGUCUCAGCUAGGGCAGUUUAGAAAAUCUAAUAUUGUUCUUCUACUUCCCAGUUUUAUUGUGGCCCUUUUUUUGCCAUCAGCCGGUUGAGUUUUUGUUAUUAGUUUUAGAUUUUCAUGAGAAGAACAAAAAUGCUCACCAGGAGGGAUGUAAUAACAGCAGGUUAGAAGGGAAUGAACAUUUUAAAACCACAAAUAUUACAGUUAAAAUGAAAAUAGUCAUCAAUGAUACAUUUUUACAGCUUCUCUUGUUGAGGCUGUUUGUUUAAGAGAAUUAAAUCUGAAAAUCAGACUCUGGAAAAAGCUUCAUAUUGACUUGAUUUAAUGAUUUUGCUGAUUAUCCCUCCUGUAGAGAGACAUGGAACAUCAUUAAGUCUCUAUUAAAAUCAUUCAUACAUGAUUUUUGUUAUCACAAAUUCUCUUUUAAUUCUCACUCUAAUUGACUUGACUUUAUAAAUCUUUCAAAAGUUUCUAAAAUUCAGCUUGAGAUAGUUAUAAAAUGAAAAUAAUGAGGGGAGUAUUGGCCCAGAUGAAAAUAAAACUUAUACAAAGUCAUUUUAAUGAGUUAAUUAAUUAUGAUUAUGAGAAAGUAAGACAUAAAGUUGAAAUAAUUUUUAAAAAUUCAUAAUUACAAAGUAAAACAGCCUUGUAACUUUCUAUUUGAUCUUAUUCUAACCCUUGUAAACUCUUCAUUUUUCAUCUCAUAACUAUGAGAUACUGUCUAACCACUAUAACUUUCUUUUUUUUUUUACAAUUAUUUACAAUUAUUACUUUUUAUCACAAAAAGGAUUUAACAUUUCAGGGUUUUUAUUUUCAAAGAAAAAUCUCAGCUGUUUUAUUUAUAAUGACACUUAUUUUUUCAAAAAGAUUUGUUUUGGCCUCUGUACUUCAGAAGAAUUUUACCUUUUUUCUAUCUUUAAUGACUUUUUUUUUAAGUAUUAAAAAUUACUUUAAAUACGUUUUUUAUCAUGAGAAAUAUUCUGAUUUUUCUCUGCAAUGCUGUGAUAUACUAAGAGUAUGCUUGUGUCUGCUUUUUUUCCUUUUUCUGUAUCUAUCUUUAUAAAAGACUUUGUUGUUGAGUGUAGUGCAUCUCAGGUUAUACAGUAUUAUGCAAUAGCCAUUUAACCUUUAAAAUGCCAGACUAUUUUUAGCUGAACACUUUAGCGGAAUAAUGGCCUGAAUGUAGAAACACAAACAAGCACCAUCAGAGCAGUAAUACUCUCUGAACUGAGACUAAUGUCUACAGUAGGGUGUAGCACUGGCUCAGCAGUAAAAGGCCACUCGUCACGAUGUUUUUUCUUUUUUUUUUUUUGCAUUUGCUAACGCUCGGCUGGGCCUUCAGACAGAGUAUCGGCCCGUGUUCUCAUAAAUGUACUAUACAUGUCUGUGUUCAGCAUCUUAGUCUUUUCCAGAGCAGAAAGAGCAGGGAAAAGAUCAGUCUGGCCACUCAUGUGUAUUCAGGCAGAAGGAACAACAGCCGGUUGCUUUCUGUAGCGACCAUAGUGACUUCUAUCUUCCUCCUCCCGUUUCGAAAGACCAUGCAGAAUUAACCUGCCUGCUCGGGAGGUGAGCAAAUCUUCUGUUCUCGCAUUCCUGUGCGGAGUACCAACACUCGCAUAAACACACACGCACAGACAAACACACACUGGAGGCACUAACACAGCGUGAGGACAACACAAGGCUGCAUGCACACAGCACGUGCACACUGCAUACGACCCCAUCAUGAAUAUAGAUAGUAAUGAGCUUUUCUUCUGUAUCUGGCUUCAUGCUGCUGAGAAGGGAUUGUCCCUUAUGGCAGCGACAGCACUGUCACCAAAUGAAGAUAUGCAGUUCAUCUAAAAUUGAAUAUCACCCUGGCUAGGAUCCAUAAUUCAUUAUCUAAGUGGAGACGUGACUCUCAUGAAGUGGAUGAGAUUUAAAGGCUCAGAGGGAGGGGUGGAUAGAACAACGGCCCACACCAGGUGCCCUCAUUCAAACGGCAGCCGAGAUCACUCCCUCUGUGUCUCCCGUAAACCUCCAGGAGGUGAGGUUCAAGGCUUGUCAUUUCAGGAGGUUAUCUCAGUCUUCUAAAGAGCUGCCUCAGUCCCCGCUGUUCACUGCUUAUGCUAAUGAGCACAAGGAAGCACUAAAAGCUUUUAAUUUACGCAGUUUGACACUGUGCCAUAGGUGAUAUGUCUAAUAUAAAAGCAGAGCACUAGUAAGUAAGGGGAUAAAACAUGCACAGUGUCAGAGUUCACUUCAUUUGCAUUUCUUAAAGCAGUAAAUAAAUUUAAUGUGGCUUUUCAUGUUGUUGCAGAGAAGUGUAUAACUUGUGAACUGGGAAAUGUGGGUGUACUCUGCUACAACAAUUCUUGUCUGUGACAACCAGCAGGCUAAGUUUGACCUUUUGCUUUACAAUUAUGACUUUUUAGUACAAAAAAAAUAUAAAAAAUUUCAGGGUUUUUAUUUUCGAAGACAAAUCUCAGCUAUUUCAUUCAUAAUGACAAAAAUGACUUCCAUUGAUAAUGCUUUAUAAAUAUGUGUACAUGGAUAUUGUACAUAGAUUUGUUUGGCCUCAGUACUUUUAAAGAAUUUUAACUUUAAAAUUUGCUUGCUAACAUUUAAAACAAAGAGUAAGUCUGUAGAGAAUAAAACGUUCCUGAGUGCAUGAAUGUGUGAACCUUAAUUCAGAUCAAUCCGUCCAAUAGCUUUACUUUAACCAAAUUUAUCACCUUCAUGGUUGUGCAAGGAUACAUCAAAUGAUGGUUGAAAUGGAUGAUGAAUCAUCUGGGGACCAUUUCUUUGUUUUUUUGAUAGUAUUAUUUACACUUAGCCUUUUAACCCCUAUGGUGGUGCAAGGACACAUCAUCUGGGAACCAUAAAGGAAAGUAUCAAUUUAUCUGGUAGAAAUAAGCCAGUCAAUCAGGAUGAUUAUUGGCAUCAUAUUGCAGUCACCUUUCCUCAAUGGAAACCAAUAUUUCCCAUCUCAUGCUAUCAGCAUUUAUCUAAAACAGUCUCUAGAUAGUGUUUUAACUCAAUAUGUAGUCAUGGUGUGACCCAACAGCAACGCCUAAGACAAAGAAAAUGACAGUGAGGUUUAAACAAACAACACAACCAAAAUAUAAACGAACAAACAAACAAACUAAUAAAUAAAAAAGCAAACCAACCCUGGCAAAAAUUUCCAUAUAGUGGAAACGCACCUCUCACCAGGGUACAGAGUGUUCUUACGCACUGCUCUCUCUAGUGCAUUGGAAGGUCGUUUCAUACAUAUCACCAUAUAUCUGCUUAUUGACUUUAAUUCUUGGAGUCUCAAUCAGGGAUCAUUUUAUUAAUAUAAAUAUUGAUUAAGUCUCGUCACUUAGCACCUCUCAUUAACAGUAAGGCAAAUCAUAGUCUUUAUCAUGUAUACUGGUAUAUUGUUUAUCCACGUUUGCUGGAUUAUCUAUUAAGUGUUGUAUGUUAGAGUUGAUUGGUUAAAACUGAUUUAAAGUAUGUCAUUAAAUCUGGAGUGCUGUUGUGGGCCGGUGAGCACUUUUAAAACUGAUUUAAUCCAUGUCUGUGGCUGGUUUUAAAGCACUACAGUUCAUUAAGUGUAAUUUAACACAGUGGUGAGUAAAAAGGAGUAAUCUACCUGACUGUUACUGUUACUCAGAAAUCUUCUCUCACCCUGUAGUAGCAGCUGCAUCCAGUUUACCGCUAUGAAUAAUUCAAACGAUACACAAGGCCACAUUUAAUUUAGAUAUUCAGAGCUGCUAUGUUUACUGCGUCAUCCCUCUCACAGUCAGCACUUUUUUUCCCGUUUUGUGUUAAGCUGUGAGCGAGGAGGAGGGUGUGAGGAAGACAAUGAGAUGAAAGAGGGGAAGAACAUGAGGGAAGCGUUUAUGCAGCAGGGAAGAUAAGAGAGCGCUUGUGAGAGCACCGCGAGCUGCAGCUCUCAGGUAGAUUGUUGGGAGAUGUACAUCUCUCUGUUGUCACAGUGACAUAAUGAAACAACAGGGAAACAGACAGGACCUGAGCGUUCACACUGUAGCAUAUCACUGUUGGACAACAUAAUUGAUAGCCCUGCCCCCAAUUAGAAUACUAAUUAUACCUGCUGCUUUGUUGGAGCUGUCUAACCCUGGGGGUUAAAGGGGAAGUUUUGUCCUUGCUUUUCACCCUAAAAUUACCAUAAUGAUAGCAAUUACAUCACCGUACAAUAAAUUAAAUGCACAUUAUCACCAGCCGACAACUCUACACACUCUUUUUACCAGAGGUCGAACAGCUGAAAUGUCUGUAUUGUUUAGUCAGCUUUUCAGAUUUUACUCACACAUGCUGAGGUUAAAGGGAUAUUCAGGUGUAAAAUUAAUUUAGGGUCAAACACACCGUAAUGUCGAGUUAGACACCACCUUGAGAGAUGAAUGUUGCUGACCGCUUGUUUCUCUAGUUAUACCAACUUUAGUAACGACUGCAGGAUAACGAUACAUGGCGGUCUCAGGAGCCAUAAACAAACCUCAACAAAAAGCCACUCUAUAGCCACAAAUAAUGCUCAGAACAGCACCUAACUUCAUCAACAGUACAUAUAGGGUCCUAGCCAAAGUACUAGCCACCAAACAUCCUUUAGCUUUGCCUAAUUUCUUUAGCAAAGAGACUAAACACAACUCACCUACUCUCUUCCCGCAGCCGCUUGUUUGUAGCGGGACCUCAGGCCAGUCCAUUAAGGACUGCUGUGGGGUGACGCAGCUCAAGGAAGAACAUUAAAGAUCAUUACUUUAUCAUUUCCUUGAAGUGAUAAUCAUCAUAUUAAUCAUUUUGCUCUGCAGACGCUGUAGUUCUUCUGCCAUAGCAUCUCGGUCUGUUUGCAUUUCCAUGAAGAGAUGAUCAUAAAUGUUCUUCCUUGAGCUGCAUCACCCCUGCUGUAGUCCGUAAGGGACUGGCCCGAGGCCUCAUUACAAACGAACGGCUGCCGGAAGAGAGUAGGUGAGUUGUGUUUAGUCUCUUUGCUAAAGAAAUUAGGCGAUGUUAAAAAGAUGUUGGCUGGCUAGUGCUGUGGCUAGGACCCUAUAUGUACUGUUAAGGAAGCUAGCUGCUGUUUUGAGCAUUAUUUAUGGCUGUAGAGUUUUGGUUGAGGUUUGUUUAUGGACCCUUAGACUGCUGUGUAUUGCUAUUGUGCGGUCGUUACUAAAGUUAGUAUAAUUAGAGAAGAAAGCGGUCGACAACAUUCACCUCUCGAGGGGGUGUCCAACGCGGCGUUACAGUGUGUUUGACCCUGAAUUAAUUUUACGUUGGAAUAUCCCUUUAAAUAAUGCUGGAUUGAGGCUGUCUGAAUAAAUGAGGUCAACAGUACAAGAUCACAGCAGCCAAAGUUGGACACAGAUAGACUUAUGCUUCUGUGAGCACUCCUCUCUCACUGCAGGACACGUCAGUCUGCACUCACAGCUUUAAUUAUCCAGAAAGAUGUCUUUGCUGCACAUCAAAACAUGCAGGGGACGGACACGCAGGGGCACACGCAGGUGAUCCAGAAAACAUGCAAAGCUGGCCCACCUCUCAACCUCUCAACACGGACAAACACGUGUCAAAACGGAUCGACCGGAGAUGAAUGAUGAGACAAGAGGACUCUGCGGCCUCUUUUGUGUUGCCGCAUAGCCUACGUAUAUUUGUCCACGUAAUAACUGUCCUGUUUCAUUUUGAGCAGGUCUAAAGAAAGCUGUGAUGACUCAUACAGAGACUGUUGGCACUCAGAGGGAAACCUUAAUGCUUGGAGGCUGAGCGCUGUGAUGGACUUUACCUCUUCUGAAUCAGCGCUUUUAUCAGGGAACAUUUCUGACCAUCAUUAUUUUGGGGAACAUAAAAAAAGCCUGUCCUGUGAAUAAUUGAAGACUGAGUUUAAAAAAAAACCUAGUCUAGUUUGUCUAGGAGAUAACGCAUAGCUGGCUUGAUGUUGUCUGAAUUACUCAGCAGAGAGCUAGCUCAAUAUCUCAAACAGCAGCUUGGUCUUUGGUCUAAGUGUCAAAUUCUUGCUUUGAGGGAACUUAAACGGCACAACUUCCUACAACAAAUGACUCCUUUGAGUUUAAAAGACAGCUUUUGCGAUGGUGAGAGGAUGCAAAAAUGCCAUGCUGCCAUCCAGACACAGACGUUGUUUUGAACAACAGUAUGGCUCCGUAGUAGAAGGGUCCAGGUGCUAAACUGGCCUGUCUGCAGUCCCAGCUUGUCAACCACUGAAAAUACUUGGUGCGUCAUGAAACAAAAAAAGUACAACCCCAAACUGAUGAGCUGCUUGAAAUGUUAAAUCAGACAAGAAUUAAAAACAGCAUCUCACUUUCAAAACACAGAAGCUGAUCUUCUGGGCUUUCUUGAAGUUUCCAGUGUUUUUGGAAACAUGCUGUUGGCAUUAACUUGAAAAUGAGCGUGUGUGUGUUUUAAAUGGUUGUCAUCCCACGUCAUCCCAAUAUUCUUUAAAAUGUGGCCUUUCAGAAAUACUUCUGUUUGUAUUUUUAAGGGCAUGUGGGUAUUUUUCUAUGACAGACAUGGUAACAAAUCUUAUUCCGAUUAUCUUGCAGUAUUUUUAGGAUCACAGUAUCUUAUCGUAUCGAAGAUAUUGCCUACCGUGUAUAUUGUUUGGUAUUGUGAGUCGCAAGGCAAUUCCCUAAACCACCUUCCAGUUAAAUCCAAUUUUAGCACUCCAAAGUUCUCAUUAUGAAAGGCAGUUUUAGCAAAGCCUUUGGCUCCAUAAUUAACACCAGUCUAAUGUUGGACCAUUUUUACCUACAACAUAUCAGUCCUGUGCACUCUGGCCUCACACAUUACAGAGCCACCGUGUCAGAGCAGAUUCAUGUUCACACCCUUUCCUGUCCCUGUAAGUCUCGUCUCUCUAGCCUGCCUCAGGUCCUGCCAGUCUCACAAACUUUUAGAUCAAUAUGAUGAGCGUCAGAAUCCGUCAUCUCCUGGGAAUACACUGAUAUGAAUUUAAAGACAGCAUAUACUACUGUAUAUUUCCCUCAAAGAGUCUCAUUUUAUGUCAUCUCCCUUAAAAAAUACACCAUGUUCCUGUUACAACAGCCACAUCCCUCACUGCUACACUUCCCUGUGACAGAGUGCCUCUUUAGUAUGGAGGUGGGAAUGGACAAAAGCGACUUGGGAACCAAGGGCUCAGCAAGAUUUGUCACAUUUUGACACUCGCUUUGCUCCAGUAACCCGUGUCACACUGGGUCAACGUAAUCCACCCCAUUUCUGCAGACAGAUAUUUCCCGAGCAGAUGGGAUGAUAGAGGUCGGUGUGCGGUUGGUGUCUUUAUGUGUGAACCUAAGCUGCACAGGUAGUGAGAUUUAGCACUUGGGUGAAGUCGCACCGUGUGGACCAGGCACUUAAGUGUUUGGAGGAGUCAAAAAGGAGGGUUUGAUCUUUGCUCUUUUGUCUUUUUUCUCUGUUUUUUCUGUCACCAAUGGAGCUGAUUCAUCAGUCUUAACUGAUGAUUAUUGGUUAUCGAUCACACAAUGUGAUAUGAUCCAGGCUGAUACAAUGUUAUACAAUAUGAUCAGUAUAAUACGAUAUAAUUUGAUAGGAUAUGAUAUGAUCAGGAUGGUACAAUGCGAUCAGUACGACAUGAUACAAUACCAUAUGGUGCAAUAUAAUACGAUCUGGUACGACAUGAUACAGGAUGAUUUGAUACAAUUUAAAGCAAUGAAUUACUGACAGUAUGACAUGAUAGGAAACAAUCAGUACAAUACAAUACGAUAAGGACAAUACGACACAAUACAAUAUGAUAAAAUACAAUAUGAUAGAAUUCAUUUGUAUUAAAUAUAUUUCAUAAUAUUUAUGUAUAAUAGUCCCUUUAGGUUAGCCUUGCCAAAAGACAAAACCUGAGGUCGUUGUCUUUGAUAUAUCUUGGAUGCUUAAAGCAACAGACCUGACAUCCAAUGUGUUGACAGAUCAGAGGAUGUGUCUCUACCUGUUAAUAUCGCAGCAGUGGAAAUGACUUACUGAACUGCACAAACGCACUACAUUCAGUGUAAAUGUUCCUUUGUGCUCAUUGUAAUGGGUAUACACAGAGCAAACUGAGUAAUUAACAGCUCUUAAAUGUGUUUUUCACGCUUUUAUUCGCCUUUUUCACACUGAAUUUGAUACAGAGUGAACAAACGUCUGAUGGAGUUGCACAUAAUGGGUAUCGUGUGUUGCGCUAACGAAGGCCUUUAAACAUCAAAACUUUCAUUGCAAUCUUAUAAAAAAAGCUGCCACAAAAUCAGGUGUCCAAAGUCCUGACAAUGGCAGAAAAAGCCUUUGAAAUCCAGCUCACACACUUACACCUGAACGGCACACACGGGGAGCUGCAAAGCCGAAAAAGUAACUUUCAGAAGCCGUCUCAACCAGUGUUAUCACCUCCCCCUGGGAUGCUCUGAUUAACUAUUCCUAACCACUGAGAUUUAUGUGCCGCUUCUUUUACAUAAUUCCUUAUCUCUGCCGCUAUGAAUAAUUCAUGUGAAACCGGAGAAGUGAGAAGACAUUGUGCUGGAGAGAGCUGCGUGACGAGCCAGGACAUCGUGCCGGGGUCUUUGUUGUAAGUUUGUGACCUGAGGUAAAUACUGGGUUUAUAAUUAGACAGCUUUUCUGGAAGGACUUGGGAUAAAAAGCAGCUCUCGUGUCACUUCAGCUUUAGGGAUAAAUAAACUGUAUCUCAGAUUAGUAACACACUUGUAUGUUCUGUCAUAAACAGAUAUCUUUGGUUUUUAAAGUUGGUGUAAUCAUGCUUAAAAUAAGGGUAACUGUGACAGUCAACGGGCACCAUCAUUUUACCAUGUCCCUGCUUCAGUGACUCAGGUCACAGUCACAUGUCCUUUUUAUAUCUCUUUGUCACCAUGCAUGGCUUAACUUUCAUUUAACUACAUUAGCAUUUUCUGCUUGUGUUUGUACUGAAUUCCAAUGUUGCCCCCGAGCAAGGCACUGAACUCUGAUUGCCCUUUAAGCGCAGUUUAAAACAAAUCUUCUAUGGUAUGUUUCAUUUUGCUUUCGUAUGCAUUUCUUCAAUUUGUAUGACCGUCAAGUGACUUAAAUAUGUAAUGAGGAUGGAUGAUAACAUGUGGCUUUAUCCGGAGAGAGGACAGUGAGCCCUUUUUUAGUGAUUAAAGCCUGUAUUCACUUUUACACCCUGCUUUUCAUGCCGUAUGGAUUGGAGACUGGCCGAUUAAUAGGUUCACCAAUUAAGGUCCUUUUGGCAUGAACAUUGCUUAGCAUUUUUGUUUGUCAUUUGUUGGCAUUAUAUCAUUUAAAGAGGUUAUUGUCAUGUGAAUCCAGGGAUUUUCCUGGUUGAUAACUCUUGACCCCCUCCUUGUCACUGAUUUCGACAGCUGCCCUUGUCUUUUCCACCAGCGUUAGUCACCACCUAUUCAGACACUUCUUUGGGAUGCCUUUGAAAACACCAGAGGAAGCCUCUGAAGGAACUUGGUCUACAGGAAACUUCUAGAUGCGCCUGAGAAGUUAAUUGAAAGGAAUCAAAUCCACAGAGUUGACAGAGCUUUAGUCGUCUGGGUUUACGUCAGACUUGCUCUUCAAGAGGUGGUCUUGUCUCUCCUGAGCCAAUCUGAUGCGACUAUUCUAAUGUAAUGUAUUCAGGGGGAGUUUUGGUGAAGGCUUUCUUCUUCUUUGAAAUCAAUUCAAAGUCUUGGCUGUCAGUGAAAUAGCCAAAUGUUUUUGGGUUGGAGCUAAGCCCUUUUCUGCCUUUAUGAAUUUUCAAUCUCUACCUCUAAAUCUUUCACAUACACACACUUCUUUUCUCUCAGUCUGCCUGGCUCUGUCUUCCCUGCCUGCUUUAUUUUCCUUUUUCUAUUUCUCUCCUGUCUCAGAAGUCAUUGACUCAGCCAGCUACCAGAGAAAAUGUUGCAGUUAAACGAAAGAUGUGGAGUUGUUGUAGACCUUGGGGCCUUUUUAUACAGUACAUACACAAUGACUGAAGGUUUGUGAAGGCCCCCUGUGUUUUGUGGGUUUGUGUUUAAUUGUCUCUACUUAUGCAGACCAUGAACGGUUUUUAAGUAUCGUGUCUGCUGUUUGUGAUUUGGUUUUGUGCCAUUAAAAAUGUAAAAAAUAAAUAAAUAAAUGCUUAAACUUUUUACGAACUUUGAAAAACUGUUCGAAAAUGGGAGCAUUUUGCUGCACUUCAAAUGUCUUCAUCUGUUUGUCAUGGCUAAGUGAGACAGGGAUUAAUCUAAAUCAGUCUAGAGUACAGAGCAGUUAUGACUGAUGUACAAUCAUGAGAGGCACAAGUGUUUUUUAAAAUACAAAUCUAGACUUAAACUACAAACACGGUGAACUAAAACUCCAUUAACCGACCGCUGACCAGAUAGGACAUCAAACAGAAGGGGCUUAUUUAAAGCCUCCGCUUUGUGUGAGUGUGUGCAGGUAUCUUUAAAACCUUACACGUGGAUCAGAAGAGCUUUGCAAAUUAUUUUGAGUUUUCCUAAUUAUUGUAGGAUUUACCGGCAAAAGCGGAGAGACUUGAUCUCUUUCUGCCACUUUUCUUGUUAGAAAUAUGUGAAGACAGAGUGGAGAGGUGCAAAAAAGGCGUAAGGUCUGCCCUGGGGUUGAGCCAGGAGUCAAUGUGUACAGAGUGGAAGUGCCUCAGCCAAAAAAGCUAAUCUGACACUUAAACCAGAUGUAUUUCAGAGAGCAAAACAUGUGUGAACUUCUUUAAAUCCUUCAGGAUGCACAUUAUGUUUAACUUAGAGUAGAUGUGGUUAUGUAAGGGAUAGCAUGUAGUAAGCUGGUGGUUAUGCAAAGUAGAAUCCAAACAGGGCAAAACAAGAACAUGACCUGAAGAGGUUCUGUUACGAAUCACAUUAAACUCAAGUCAAAACAUUAGUUUUACUUUGAGGACAACAGAUGCAGAAAAAACAAACAAACACCUAAACAAGAUCCUCCUCCCAGUGACUAUUCUGUUUGCGUUUUCUUCUAACUCAACCAAAACCCAGUUUGUGAUUACUUGUUUCUGUUUUCUUCAAUUUGGUAGAUGUCUCGUUCACUUAGCUCCUUGUGUGGUCUAAUUUCUGUGAAAUGCUUCCACUCUUCUUUUCUUAUCUGUUGACUGAGCAUGCAUUUUCCAUGAAUCUCUCAAAAUAAAUUUAGAGUAAAGUAAAAAAAUCCCUGUUUAGUAAAGUAACCGGUUGUGAUUGGGUCGAUUGGUUUCUGUGUGUCUGUGUGGUAUCCUGGGUAAUUGGGUGUUUUUGGGAGGACAUGCUGAUGUUGAUCUGUUGCCUUGAAAAAUGUUGUGCUGUUUGGUUUACCAGUGCAUGAAUGAAUAAUUCACCAACGCUGCUCCAAGAAGGUUUUCUUAUUUUGAGUAUAUUUUUAAAAACUCAUGGUGUAGUUAUGUUUCUUUUUAAACCAUUAAACUUAGAAUUUAUGGUAGACAAGUGGUCAUGACAGGAAAUCAAAGUCAUGUCUGUGCAGUUUAAUCAAGAAAAGUUGAUGCGUUGAGCUGCAUUUCAUUACCCAGGUGUCUUUAAUGUUAUGGCUGUUCAGUGUAGGUGCCGGUGGCAUGGGUAGCCCACACAUCUGGAGAGGCACCAUUAAAGCUGACAUAUGCCGCCAUCUAGACAAUCCUAUAACAGCGCGGGUUGUAUGUUCACAUAAUGGACUGUCAGGUGAAAAUUGGGUCUUUUGUCACUUUUCCGACAGCUGACUGUGAAAAAUCUGCUUUUUCUUUCUGUUUGAGCUGCUUCUGACCUCUCUGAAGUCUUGUGCGUCUAAAAAGUAAAGACGCAUAUGCAGGCUUUCAUUUACAUUAGACUCAUGCCAGGGAGAUUAAAGGGAAGGCUGUUAUCUCCAGAUCUUAGUGUCAUCCUAAGUGUGAUGAAGAGACAAAACAGCUUGACCCUUGACCUUUUUACCCAGCGGCACUAAAUGAGAUACAGCUGGAGAGGAUGUGAGAUCUGAAGCUGAGUGUAAGCCAAAGGUUUAGGCUCCAUGGAGGGUUAGAGAUCUGCACUUAUUGAAUGCUUAAGUCUCCUUUUGCUACAAUGACAGAAGGUUUUUUUUUUCUUGGUGCUGAUUGGCAGAGAGGUCAGGGUUGAUGGAGCUGUCCGAGGUCCUGACCUUUGCUGCUGCUGAGGAGGAGGGCAUCUCUGAGCUUUUUACAAAGUCUCUCUAAGCUGAGCAGCACAAAGCCCACAGCUAUUGGAAUAGUUUAUUCCGAGUGGCGCUGGAUUUAGGUCAAGUACGCUGUUUUCUCUACGAUUCUCUGAACUUUAAAGGGAUGCACAGUUCUCCUCUAGACCUCCAUGCUUUUUGUUUCAGGUUGGCUUUUGUUUUUGAGGGUUUUAAUGUAUUUUUAUGGCAAACGUUACAUCUUUUUAACCCUGCUUUUUUAUUUUGAGUAUUCUGGCAUUAGCAUUUAGCUGCUUCAUGCUCAGUUACAUAUGUGACAGGUGUAUGCAGGUCUGUAAAUGAGCGGCAUGCAGAAAGAUAGCAAAUUGUUAGCAUUCCUUUUCAUUUAAAGGGAUAUUCCGGCAUAAAAUCAAUUUAGGGUCAAAUACACCAUAACACAGAGUUAGACACCCCCUCGAGAGAUGAAUGUUGCUGACCGCUUGCUUCUCUAGUUAUACCAUUUACAGUAACAGCCGCACAAUUGCAAUACACAGCGGUCUGAGGAGCCAUAAACAAACCUCAACCAAAAGGCCACUCUAUAGCCACACAUGAUGAUUAUUAUUACAAGGCAACAAUAAAAAAAUGAUCAUAAAUGUUCUUCCUUGAGCUGCGUCACUCCGUUGUAGUCCAUAAUGGCCUGGCCUGAGGUCUCGCUACAAACAAGCAGCUGCUGGAAGAGAGUGGGUGAGUUGUGUUUAGUCUCGUUGCUGAAGAAAUUAGGCAAAGUUAAAAAGAUGUUUGGUGGAUGGGACCCUAUAUGUACUGUUGAUGAAGUUAGGUGCUGUUCUGAGCAUUAUUUGUGGCUAUAGAGUGGCGUUUUGGUUGAGGUUUGUUUAUGGCUCCUCAAACCGCUGUGUAUUGCUAUCCUGCAGUCAUAACUAAAGUUGGUAUAACUAAAGAAGCAAACGUUCUGCAACAUUCAUCCCUCGAGGUAGUGUCUAACUCAGUGUUUGACCCUAAUAAUACCUAGGUGUACAUCUGGAUAAUAAGUUGGACUGGUCUAAGAAUAUAGACUACAUCUACAGAAAGGGUCAGAGUCGCCUCUUUUACCUGAGAAGACUCCAAUCAAUAGACAUCUGCAGUAAGACGCUGCAGAUGUUUUAUCAGUCUGUGGUGGCAAGUGUUCUGUUCCACGCUGCAGUCUGCUGGGGAGGAAGCAUCAAACACAAAGAUGCAAGACGUCUUAACAAACUGGUGAAAAAGGCUGGCUCUGUGGUUGGACUCAAGCUGGACUCAGUGGAGGAUGUGGUGGAGAGAUCUACACUGAGGAAGGUGGAGUCUAUUCUAAAGAACAUGAAUCACCUACUUCACAACAUCUUGAUGGACCAAAAGGCCAAUGGUAGUGGACGGCUCCUCUCUCUUCGCUGCAGGACAGAAAGAUGUAGAAGAUCUUUUGUACCAACAGCCAUCAGACUUUAUAACUCUUAUGUAAAUAAUAGAUAACUUUUAUGGACAUAUUAUGUGAGACAACAGACAAUUGAAUUUCCCUUUGGGGAUCAAUAAAGUUCUUCUUAUUCUUCUUAUUCUUAAAUUAAUUUUACGCGGAAUAUCCCUUUAAGGGGUGCAUGUAAACAAUGUGGUUCUUCUUUUUAGGUACUUACAAUCCACAUGACAAAUGCACUGAAAAUAGGUAAAGCAGUAGAGCCUCAGAGAAGAGUUAUGCUGCAUGUUUAAAUUUUGAUAGGCUUGCAUGGAAGCACACACUGGUCUGCACCUCCCUGUGUGUGCUCUGAAAGCUAAGAAUUGUUAGCCCAAAUGUGUCUUGUUUCUCUGCUCUGCUGUUCAGCCUGAAUUAGCACCCUCUGCUCGGGGCCACAGUGCUGUUGUGCUUCACAUUAGCUGUAUAUUUGAAUUUGUGUGGAAGCGACAAAGCAGGGCAGUCCUGGCAGAGCUGCGGCACCACAGAUCUUGUGAGAGCAGCCUCUGUGUUCCUGCCUCCUCGGAGCAUUGUUCCUAUUAAUCAGAAAGCCAUUUGUGAUGCUGCAUUAAACCCUCGGAUGUCUAAAAUGUGACAAAUGAUGAUUACCUGGGGGAAAUCAAUGAUGAUCACCACACUAUUAAUGGUCCCUCUGUGGGAACAGCAUCCAUCGACGCACAAUUCUAGCAAGACUCACAGGCGGAGAAGGAGCUUUAAUUCAGAACUAGCUUUGAGUCAGGUGAUUCAUUUAAUCACAGGGGUUUGAGGGAAAGGGCUCAGGCUACUUUAUGCCUCUUCAGACAUCAAACAGACUAAACAAAAAAAGGAAACAAAACCUGCAUUGUCUUAGCCAGACGGUGUGAACACAAUCGCGUUGUUCUGGGAGAGCAGCUGGUGAGUCAGACAGUGUCGUAUUCAACUGCAGAUACAGACACAGAGGGGGGAGGGGAGGCAGGGUGAGAAAAAUGCUUGAUAGUACAUGGAUGCUGUAUUAUAGUGAGUUUCUCCAGGGUCACUAACACACUCACUCAUCACUUAUUGCCCUUGGCCUCUCUCAGGUCAGCGAGGGGCAAUGAGCUCAGUGGCAUUGAGUGGCGUGUGGAUGCAGCUGUGUGUUCAUAUGCACGUCACUUUCUCUCCCGGGGAUAAAAUCCAUAUGUCACCUGUAAUUUAUGGUCUGCUUCUUACAUGUUCCCACACAUGAAUAAGUUAUCAUAUGAGAGCACUUUUAGCUGGUUAGAUAAGACUUCACUGUGCGUGUGUGUGUGCAUGCAUGCGUGUGUGUGUGCAGGAUCAGGUGUGUCAAGCACAGAAGGGCCAGAGGGAUAGUCUCUUAUUUAUGCAUGAGGCUGUGUGUUUUUUUUUUUUUUUUUUUGCAGCUGAUCACUGAUUUGAUUUGUCAAGUGCAACCACUCUUGAGAUCUUUUUUGACUGCAAAAGUGGUGCUUGGAAAAAAAAAAGACCCUCAAGUUAAAACACGUGUUUGUGUGUUUUGGACAUCAGAAUAAAUUUGCACCUCUAACAUAGCAUUUUUUUUCACACUUUCCAAAAAUAUUUGUUUGUUGGCUCAAGAAUGUUAGUGCCUUUUCUUAAACUAUCUCCCUUCCUAACCUACAGUGAUUACAUACGGUCUGUAGGAGGGAUGCAUUUUGCAGUGUAAAGAUACCAUCAAGCUGGUGCAUGUACAGUAGGUGCAGCUGCAGGUGUGCAUCCAAAUGAAAGGCCGGGGGAAGCAUUGACUCUCCUUGAACAUCCUUGGAAGUUGAGUGCAAAAUCUUUGCACUAUGAUUUGCUAUUUUCUUGUCAAAUGUUGGACCAUUUUAAGGUGGAUAUUACAGGGAUUUAAGGUUAAAAAAAAUGUAUUGUGGAUGAGCUAGAACACACUAAAACCAAAACAAUUAACCCAGAUCAAUGUUUAGUUUGUGGAAUUCACUAAAAGAUGCUUUUUGAUAUCAAAUCAAAUUAUUUGGAGUCAGAUUUUUGGCCACCUGGUGACUGUAAGUAGCAUCAGCUUUGUGUACAUGUAUUAACUUUAUCUGGUAAAGGGGGGGCGGGGAUUUGCAGUGUAAUCCAUACUUAUGUGAAUAAAAACGACACAGCUAAAAGGUGAGCUUAUGAAUUAGGGGUGUGGAUUGCAAGAUAUCAGUAAAGAACCAACAGGUAGAUUGUUACUGAAAACCACUGAUGGUUGCAGCCCUGAUUAAAACAUGAAUGAGACGACUAUUGGAAAUUUGCAUAUGUGUUUGUGUGUGCAUGUGUGUGUCGGCGUUUCUCCAUUGCAUGUUAAUCUUGUUGCUUAAGCACCAAUAAGGUGGAAUGAAGGGUGUUGAGGAGGUGAAGGGAAAGUCUGCCAAGCAAUCACAGAGCCAGAAGAUUGUAUAUAUGUGUGAGAGUGUGUGUGUGUGUGUGUUAGUUUAAGAGAACAGACAGAGAAUGAGGAGUGUGCAUGAAUUUACAGUGUUUGUGUGUGACAUGAGUAGAGAGAGAGAGAGAGAGAGAUGCAGACAGAGAGAGGGAGGAGGAGAUAAAGAGGGAAAUAGGUAUAAAAGAGAGGGAGGAGAUGAGGGAACGGUAGGAAAGUAGGAAGAGAGGUGGAAGGCAAUAAAGCGCCCCAUCAAUCUGCUAAAUGAGUGUCCUUCCUGCAGAGGGGACUCUGAGAAACGCAGCCUACUCUGUGUUCAUCAGUCUCAGGUUCAGCUCUCAUCUGCGCUAUCUUAGCCUCCGCUAUACCAACACUUCCUUAUUGUAGAUAGUAGCAAUUGAACAAAUACUUAGUCUAAGGGUCAGUCUCACAAUAACAUCUCAUUUACUUCAAGCUACAAGACAGGUGCUGCAGUGAAAGCUUAUGACAGUGUUGGGGAGUUUUUUCUGAAAAGUAUCAACAAUUUUGUGAAAGGCUGACUGCAAUUAUUAACUGUGCCAAAAAAGUGUCGUCAAUUAGGGGUAGAAAUGUCCAGAUGACUCCUAAUAGGACAUCAUGCCAUAGUAUACUGCACCAUACCAUGGCAAAAUAUACCAUACCAUACUUCACUACAUAAUAUUACACUAUAUUAUAGUGUACUAUAUUAUGCUAUACUAUACUGUUAUAUACUAUUAUAUACUAUACUAUACUAUACCCAAGUAGUUGCAGUAUCCAUACCAUACCAUAUGAUGCAAUAUGAUACAAUAUGGAAUAGAUUGCACAUGAUAACAUUGUUAUUCUGAUACAGUGAUAAUGCAAUAAUUAGUUUAUUAAAGAUGAUCAUGUAACUAUAAUCAUUGAUCAAUUUACUAUAUAUUACUUAUCCUGAAAACACAAUGUGAAGGAUGAAUGUGUUCAUCCACUGUACUUGGUCUGGUUUUAGAGGAACCAGACAAUGUCUUUGUUUCAAGUCUUAACUAAGUUGAUAGGACUGUUUGUUGGCUGUAAAUAAGACCAUGGAAAUAUGCUCAUUAAAAAGGCCAAACAUUGUGUUGCAAGUUUGGGUGACAAUUCACUGAAGCAUCAUUAUUUGCCUAUUUUUUAAUGUACUGAAACAGAAAUUUUUAAUCCUUUUUUAUGAGCAUUACUCUGUCAAACAUGUGCAGUAGAGUUCCUGGUGUCUUAGUUGGGGUGUUUUGUGGGUCAAGCCUGUGUAAAUAAAGCUAUAGCAAUCAAUAUUUCCAUUAAGACAAGAUUAAAACGUGUGAAAUGAAAUUCAGGUUGCUCAUAGCAACAAACCCCCAUAGAAUUUCCACAGUGUUUCAGUGUCUUUUAGCCUAUAAAUGUCUGACACGAAGCUGAUCAUUACCACUGUCUUCUUUUAACAGUUUUUGAUCACAACAGGCUCCGUUUUUAUUAAGGGUGGGCUUCCUGUUUAGCACCAAACACCAAAACACAAAGUUGGCAAUCAGGUUUUAAACAUAGUAGAAUUUUUGGCGGUUACAUCCAGAUAUUUUUCUUCGGUAUUAAAGAGGAGAAUUGCUGAUUGUUGUUUUAGGUCUGAAUGUCUGGAUUUUUUGCCAGAAACUUAGUCAGAAAUCCCUCAGUAUAAAAAUAAUGGGAGUCAGGAAAAGGCUCCAAGAAAAUGCUGGACGAGUUCCUAAAGUUAGGUGCAAAAUCCUGUAUUGUAUAGUGAGGGUUUGUUUUGGCAGACAAAAAAUAUUCUGAUUUACCACAAUCUUUUCUGCACUAAACCAAUGCAAUUGUGUCAGUACAUUGCCUUAUUCUUAACAAAUACCAUCCUAUUCUUACUAUGAUUGGAUCUAUAUAUCAUAUGACUUGACUGCAUAUUUGAAAAUCAUUCCUUUCCCUGUGAUGCCGUCUAUAGAUUGAGAACCCACUUCUACAUACUGUAUGUGUGCCAAGAAACUGGUCUGUAAAGAAAAAGCAUCUCCUGCCUCUCUACCUGCUGCAGCAGUGGAGUCCGAUCCCAACCACUUGGGACUUUCUUAUUAGCAAAACACACUAGGAAAACCUUGACUUAGGUUUAAGUGGAUUGAGUGAUCCUUUAAGGUAACAGCUGCUUUUUUGUGUAAAUUCAAAGAGCAACAUUCACAUCAGUUAGAGUCAUACUUUUGGACAAGGUAAGACUGCAAUUCCAAUAUUAUCGAAAACACUGUUUUCUUUUUAGCUAUAUGAUCUUCACCAGCCUCUAUAGGGAAUAAUUGACUACUCAGCUUUUAAAUGUCUACUUUCCUUACAAACAGAUACUAACUGCGUACCGCAAAGGCAGGCAGCUAACCUGGUUCACUUUUGUUAGCUGAAAGACAGCAGGAUGAGCUCAGCAUAAAUGUCAGCAUAGAUGCUUAAAAAUGAAAAGUAGUCCCACAUUUAGGCCAACUGGGAGAGAUCCUCCCUUUUUUCAUGACCUCCUUAACUGAAAUGGGUUUUAUCAGGAUCUCAAGAUCCACCUCUCAAACUCAAACACUCUGAAAUUCUGGAUUAACCCAGAAGAAUCACAUCCCUGCAUUAGUAACAGUAGUUGUGAGUACUUUUGUCAUUUGAUUGAAGGGGACAUUAAUAUGAAAAAAGGGCCUUUGCUGGCUCAAAGAUCCUGGUUGAGUUUUGAUGAUUUUAUGUGUCAGUAUGAAUCAGCUAUGAGAAGAACUGUUGUAGCCACAGAUGGAUGACUUCCAUAAAAAUUGAAAUCUCUGAGGAGCUUAAAAUGCACAUUUGGAGAGUUUUUGGAGUCGUUCUUCGCUAAAUAAAACAUUCUGCAUAUUUGAAAGCUUCUGCGAUGUAUUUUUGUACAGAGUGAAGUAGAAUAGCUUUGUCAAGGCCGAGCUUUGUUGGUGGAAUAGCUCUGUGAUGAUUUAAUGCUCGGAGCCAAAGCGAGCCAGGCGUUUGUCAUUGUUGUCACGAGUAUUGUGACUCGACCACACAAUCCCAUAGGCGUUGGUGGUGGUGAUAAUGUGGGAAUCUGUAAUACACUUCUGAGAAGGCUUCAUUCUGUGCUCACACAAUGAUGAUGAGUGUCAGUCUUACAGUCAUAGAGAAAGAAAUUAAACACAGUUGAGAGUUGAAUGAAUGGAAAACGUGGCUUUAAUGCCUAAAUUUUUUAUCUGUCAUUAUUUUCUCUCUCACGUUCUCAGGAAGUUAAUAUUUCUCACAAUGUUUGCUUCAGUCUUUUCAGCAGCUACAUGUUUUGUAUUUUUUCUAUUAUAAGUAAUGAACAAAAAAUAUUCAGUGUACUUACAGGGACACAAAAGCUGAAUGAAUUAAUCACAAAUCUAAUUUUCUUGCUCCUAAAAAUAUUCCAAAAAAUAUUUCUUAAUUGAAUAGCAAAGUAUCUGUUUAUCACAAACAUAAUAUGUCGUCCUUUCUGUCCAAGAAUGAACCGGACAGCUUCCAAAAAAGUAGAUAAAGUAACAACAGAUUGGAGUAUGGUCUCUAAUGACUUCUUAAUUUGUCAUUUUAAUUUGUGUAACUUGUUUGGAAAUUUAAACAAAUGGCUGUUUAAUGAGUGAAAUUAUGUUUGCAGUAGUUGCACUUUUAAUAAGAAAAAUCAAUGAAGGAAAACGGUGUUAAAAACGCAAAUAAGAGCUCAGUGUUUGGUCAAACAUCAACGCUCAAAGCUUUAAAAACUAUAAACUUGUUGUUCUGCAAAACACAAGAAAAACUCUUGAAUCAUGAGGAAACAAUAGUCAUGAGUUUGCAUGAAUGAACCCUCACCAUCUGCAGGUUCAACUGUAAAAACUGUGAAGUGAAAAAUGCCUCACCUCACAGUCCUCACACUGACCUAUAAAGGUCACCCUGAUUGAUGUUUAGUCAUGUUCAACCAAUCAAACAAAACUUCUCCUAUCACUCAGUGACGUCAGCUCGUGCAGAUGUCUGCGGCUGUUAUAGACGUGUCACUGAUAACAGUAAUUUACCCAAUCCUGUGAUUGCCUUUAGUAAUUACUGUGAUCUUGUGGCCCACACACCUAUCCGUAGUACACUGCCCUGUCUCAGCGCCCAGCAGCCGGCUCAGGGAGACAAGAGUACCCAGGAGACGAGCCCUGCUCAUCCCAACUCUGUCCUACUGUGUUUAACAGUCCCAGAGGGAAAGACUCUCACUUCACUCUGUUUUACUUUUAUAAGGUGUCGUACUCGGCCAUCUGGCUGCAGAUGAAGCAGGAGGAACCGGUCCUCUGCUGUGCUCCGUUUUCCCUUUAGCCGCUGUCAUUUCUCAAAGUCCAGGUGACAUUAAACUGCUUGUUUUUCAUCUGCAAAACCCCACAGCAUAUGCCAACUCAGCAAAUAACCUUCCCUGAAAAGAAUAUUCAAAUUCUUGUUAUGAAAUUGGAUUAAAGUUAGCUGUCAGUCAAGUUUAUAAAAGCUGUUUAUAAAAGCUUUGCAUACAGAGCAGAAAUGUUGGUGUUAGCCUGACCGCCGCGCUUAACAACCAAACAUUAGCCUGCUACAUGACACAAAAACCAGCAGCUCUGAACAUAAACCCGAAUGAGAUUUUCUGUUUGUCUCUUAAAGCCUUUUAACUUCUUAUCAACCCCGCUUUUGUUUGUUGAACAUGCAGCGAACAAACAUUCACAGGGGAAGAGUGGAAAGCUAAUGUCAGCAUGCUAAAUAUGCUUGAUAGGCUCAUUAGCCUCUCAGCUGCAUGCAGCAACAUUGAACAGCAUGUAAUGUAAACAUCGUUGCUGAUAUAGUUGAGGUCAUUUUAUGUGCUGCUCAGUCCUCUCUGAGCACAGACACAAAGCUAGAAAACAAAAGCAAAAGAUAGUCUGAUUUUGUUAUCCACUCAAGAUUGUUCAGCCUGCCAGCUUCCCUCAAACACAGACAUGCCUUUCUUCUUUUGUGUUCCUUGUUGAAGCCCCAGGUUUAUACAGUAUUUCUUGUUAUUUAAAAGAAUCUCAAGUCUUCUGUCACACUAGAAUUGUGCUAUGAUAAAAUGCACUUUUUUUCAAAGUUUUGGACUGUUAAACUCCCUUUUUUGUAUGAGCGAGCACAUGUACGUUGCUCUAUUUCCCCAGGCGCAUUUCCCAUUGCAAAUAUUACCCUAUCUAAUCUAGUUAUAAUUCCAUAGUCUUUGCAGUAUAUUUUUUCAUCUUCAUGAUGAGUAAAAAUGCUUGCAGUAGUUUAAAUUGUUGGCUCUGGAAUCAAGUUCUCUGACUACUUGGAAAAAAAUGAAACAGAAAUCAUCAUUUCAUUCAUUUUCUUCACUCUAUUUUCUUUUCUUCCUCAGGCCCUGACUAUAUAUAAGAAAACCUCUUUCCUCUAUAAUGAAACAGCUCUGCCUUUCAUCACUGGGGAAGUUAAAUACACAGAUGAUCGACUGUGCUAUAACCCAAGUGUGCUGGCAAGCGCAUCAUGGGCAGUGAAAAUACAGUAGCCAAAUGAGAAUGAAGAUAAGUCAAGCUGCUGUGUGACACAGUUGGGAUCACAUUGGCUGGCUCAUUUUCCAGCUUCUACUAAUGCAAUGUGUCUAUUAAUUAAAAUCUGCAAUACAUUUUAUCUCCGUCAAAGAAAUAGUGAGGAGAAAGGGUGGAAUUUUGAAAAAAGGCUUUAUACCAUGGGCUUAACUUCCAGUUGUAAGCAGCUUGAAAUACUGCCUCUUGACUCUAAGAAACUUGUUCUAUUUUCAUUUCACCCUCUGCCCAGGCUAAGCCACUCAUCUCUGUAGCAAGAUGACAGCAUAGUCAAGGAUAAAUUAGUCUGACACUGCAUUGGCUAAACACUGCCCAUCAUUCCCGUCUUGGUCGUUGCCUUGAUCCACAUUUACUCUGCUCCAUGUCCUUUGGUGUCAAGAGUGCAUUGGAUCACAGUCCAGCUGGAGAGCACUGACUGAUGAGCUUUGUCAGCGCAGAGACGGCGGCAGCAGAAAUGGAAGUACUUCCAGCACUCCCCAAAGAUGGUGCUACCCGUUUCUAACAUACUUCCAGUCCUUUGUCACUUCACAGACUGCCUGUGAACGAAUGUUGAGGUCAUGAAAAGUGUAGAAAACAACAGCUGGAGCUUCUGCAGAAAAAGGGAUCCCAAUGUGGAAAUUAGUUCAAACAGUUUCAAAGCUAAUCUUUUUGCUGGGUUCUUCCCCCAUUGUGAUCUUGAGCUGGAAUUAUACUUGAUAUCAUUUUAAUUAGUCUUGAUGCCUCUGUAGUUUAACCAAAGGACAGUGCAGAUCUGAGAAAAUCCAGCUUCUUUACCCUAAAACAAUUCUAGCAUCAAAGACAUAAAAAUGAAAUGUCGUUUCUUUUUAAAGCUGCAUCCUCUAACCUCUUCUUACUAGGCCACGGGACAAGACGCAGUGCCACUGCCUAUAAGGAGAGAUAAGUGUAGCUCCAUGGCAUUAGCCAUUGUGCCUCUCUUUAGCCUCCAACCUCGCCCAGCCCCGGCCCAGCUGGCAGAACCACGCUGCCCUGUGACCAAUGCUCCCUCUGCUGAAGCUCCUCAGCCCUGAGGCUCCUUCAGCAGCACCAGCCUGUUCCCACAGCUGACAGAGAGUGCUUGUCUCACCCACCAGCAGUUCUGACUAUGCCCACAAACAUCUUGAGGAGCAUUGUUUUUACUUUCUUUUGUAGCAUGAUAAAUUUGAGGCAGUCUUCUUGUUUAUUGUCUAAUUUGCUUUUGAAUGCAGAAUAGAGAUAUCAUAAUAUUUCAAGUCUGUUUCACAACCAGUUAAAGACUCCUCAUGGGAGCUUCAAGCAGCAUAUUGUGUUUGGAUAUUCUGAAUUAGGCCUUUAAAGUGGGGUAGGCAGGAUUCCGCUAAAAAGCAUCUUUUUUUGUUGCAUAUAUACAAAAAAGCUUUUAAUAUCAGUCAAAAGCUAUUAGUUAUUGAUGACAUUUGGUAAUAUAACAAUAUCGCUGUGUUUUGUUAUGCCUGUGUAGUCAACAUUUUAAAUUUCUUGAGCCGUCUGCUCUUUCUGACUGUAAACAAAGCCAUUCUUUGCCUCCCCCAACCUGAUUGGUUGUGAGGCAGACGCUGCUCCCUCGUGUUGUGAGGCACGCUCCACGUCCUCCAAUAUCGUUCACGAGCUCAAACAAAGUUAGCGUGCUACAAUAUCGGACGGUAGAAACCAACCAGAAAGUAUGUAAAACACAAGCAAUAAAACGAAGUAAAUACUGGAGACUCUGGCGGAAUAACAGGUGCUUAAAACUGAGGUAGACCAGACAAGAGCUAAGAAGCCGGGUCAACAUCAGCAUAAACGAUGGGGCGUGCUUCGGGAUCUUAUGGACCCUGUAACCUUUCUGCUGGACAGGUAAACCGCUUUAACAAAGUAAGCCAAAUGUCUGUAACAGAAGUGUUUCUUGUCAAACAGGACCUGCUGCAUGUCAUAGCACCGCUAAACAGUUUACCUCUGGUCCUGGACUAUGUCACUUUAUCCUAGUUGUUGAAGUCCUGCAAACAUUGUGUUUGCUGGUAGUCUGUUGGCAUCUACAGUAGCACCAAUGCUGUUUACUUUCACAUUGACUGGGCCCCAUUUGUAAUCAUCUGAAGCAUUAUCUGCAUUAUAUCUGAAUUUAAUUGAAACGAUACGAGCGAGGAAGAGCGUCUGUUUGUGGGCGGGUCUUGCUGGAACAGAGAGGGAGGGGAGAGGAGGAGCUGAAAGAAAACUGGUUGGGAGGGGUAGAGGUUACAUUCAAGAUUUCUCCCAAAAACUUGUACCUCCUCAGAUCCUUCCUACCCCACCUUUAAUCAAUAUUCAGAUUAAUAUACACUCACCGGCCACUUUAUUAGGUACACCUGUCCAACUGCUCGUUAACACUUAAUUUCUAAUCAGCCAAUCACAUGGCGGCAACUUAGUGCAUUUAGGCAUGUAGACAUGGUCAAGACAAUCUCCGGCAGUUCAAACCGAGCAUCAGUUUGGGGAAGAAAGGUGAUUUGAGUGACUUUGAACGUGGCAUGGUUGUUGGUGCCAGAAGGGCUGGUCUGAGUAUUUCAGAAACUGCUGAUCUACUGGGAUUUUCACGCACAACCAUCUCUAGUGUUUACAGAGAAUGGUCCGAAAAAGAAAAAAUAUCCAGUGAGCGGCAGUUCUGUGGGCAGAAAUGCCUUGUUGAUGCCAGAGGUCAGAGGAGAAUGGCCAGACUGGUUCGAGCUGAUAGAAAGGCAACAGUGACUCAAAUAACCACCCGUUACAACCAAGGUAGGCAGAAGAGCAUCUCUGAACGCACAGUACGUCGAACUUUGAGGUAGAUGGACUACAGCAGCAGAAGACCACGCCGGGUGCCACUCCUUUCAGCUAAGAACAGGAAACUGAGGCUACAAUUUGCACAAGCUCAUCAAAAUUGGACAAUAGAAGAUUGGAAAAACGUUGCCUGGUCUGAUGAGUCUCGAUUUCUGCUGCGACAUUCGGAUGGUAGGGUCAGAAUUUGGCGUCAACAACAUGAAAGCAUGGAUCCAUCCUGCCUUGUAUCAACGGUUCAGGCUGGUGGUGGUGGUGUCAUGGUGUGGGAAUAUUUUCUUGGCACUCUUUGGGCCUCUUGGUACCAAUUGAGCAUCGUUGCAACGCCACAGCCUACCUGAGUAUUGUUGCUGACCAUGUCCAUCCCUUUAUGACCACAAUGUACCCAACUUCUGAUGGCUACUUUCAGCAGGAUAAUGCGCCAUGUCAUAAAGCUGGAAUCAUCUCAGACUGGUUUCUUGAACAUGACAAUGAGUUCACUGUACUCAAAUGGCCUCCACAGUCACCAGAUCUCAAUCCAAUAGAGCAUCUUUGGGAUGUGGUGGAACGGGAGAUUCGCAUCAUGGAUGUGCAGCCGACAAAUCUGCGGCAACUGUGUGAUGCCAUCAUGUCAAUAUGGACCAAGCUCUCUGAGGAAUGCUUCCAGCACCUUGUUGAAUCUAUGCCACGAAGAAUUGAGGCAGUUCUGAAGGCAAAAGGGGGUCCAACCCGUUACUAGCAUGGUGUACCUAAUAAAGUGGCCGGUGAGUGUAUGUCCCUGAAAGAAAUUCAAGUUUAAGAUCACUUUAAGAUCUUUUGGUUUAUUUUGGGGGUUUUGGCUUGAGACAGGACCGUGGUUAGAGGAAGGGUGAAAGAGGUGGGGAAUGAUGUGGUUAAGGGCUACGGGUCAGAUUUGGCCUGCGCUUUGGGGACUGUAGCCUCUGUACACAGGGCAUGCAAAAUAACCACAGAGUUAAACUGCCGCCCCUGGAGUACAUCUGUUUUUAUUACCCGUGCAAGGAGCUCAGUAUAAAUAUUGUAAUUUCUCAGAAUAAGAAAAAAAAACUUUAUUUCAUGCAUGAUGUUAAGCACAGAUGUCUCAGUGCUUAUCUCAGCUGCACUUUGCUCUUCCACUUGGACUACAUCAGGAAAAUCCCUGAGAUUCACCUCCUGAUUAGUUACGCACCACUUACAUUUAUUCAACACUAAAUUACCCCCCAAAAAGACUUCCCCCUUCUGCAGUAACCCAACGAUAAAAAUUUCAAUUUGCAGCCCAGAGAUGUUGCACAUUUACUUUCAGGCUUCUCGGGCCACCUUCAGUGACACAUGCAGGAAAAAUGAGUAACCUUUAGAGUUGGUUAUUAUCAUCUUAGUAAACAUACUACAUGUGCAAAUGGACAGUAUGAUGUAUUUGCAGAGAGAGAAGCCAUUUUCCUCUGGUAACCCUGCCAGCAGAUAAUUUAUUGUUUCUGCCUAGCUUUACAAUUUUAAAGCCCUGCAUAGACUGGGGUUGGAGCACAGGCCUAUUAUCUUGCAAUGGGAAAGAGGUGGAGGGAUCAUUAGGAAGCUGGAUGGGCUUCAGUUAGAAGUAGGUGGUCAGACUGAGGGCACCACAGUAAGGCAGUAAGUAAGCCAAACACUUAUUGACAUAUUUUUCCACAGUUCAGAGAUGUAAAGGACUUUUUUUGUUGUUUUAAGACACAAUAGUUUUAUAUUUGGGACUCAUAGUGAUAGCUGUGAUUCCGAGGCUUUUCCUGAUCCUGUGUCUUUUGUUGCUGGCUUAACAAGCUCUGGUACUCACCCUAAUUAGACCACUUUACUCCACUUUUUAGAAAAAAAAAAAACAGCGUACUUGAUGUGACCUUGGUGUAAUCCUCACCGUAGCGCUUUCUCUACUUUCAAUGUGUCUCUUAAUGGGCAGAUAUUCUCAUCCUCCUCCUGCAGCCUCCACAGUCUCCGUCCAACCAUGGCUGCGUGGAAGUGCUACGUUCUGCUUGGUCAUGUGCGGUACACACUGAAUCCUAAAUCCUAAUACUGUUGCAUGCUCUAAUCCCUUCACAUUACAGAGAGCAAAAACAGCAUAUUAAUUUCAUUUUGUUUUUUCAGUGCCACGGCCAAUUUGAGUGCUCGGCCACGGAGAGCUGCUGUGCGGCUGGCCUGAUCUAGCCUCCCAUAGGAUUUGUAUGGGACUAUCUCUGAGAAAUCUGUUUAAUAUGACACUCCAGGCUGGGGUACGUUGCAGCUGGAGAUGCUGUGGUUUAUGCUAAUAUGAGUGCAGACCCCAGGGUGAAGCAAUAUGUUGUUGUUUAUAUUUUAAAAAAAAAUAUGCAAGAGGUCAAAUUUCAGGGCACAUUUUUGAAAAUUAACUUUUUUUAAUCUAAUAUUAACUAGACUGGUAUGUUAUCCAGCCUCAGAACUUAUCAUGAAGAAAAUAUGUUGAGUGAGCAGAUGCAAGCUUGGAGUUAAUGUGCACAUGGUUCAAUGAUUUAAGGUCGCUGUCCUGCUAAAUGUUGGAGAAAGUCCACGUCCACUUUGACUGUAAGCUGUGUGUGGUUUAUCUCUUUGAAUGCUAGCUGACCCCCAGAAGGAUAGAUUUAAUCCAGCCUGCAAAGAAUUAACCCCAAUAGUUUGAAAAUGGGUUAGCAAUGCAAGAUACAGUUGUGCCAGACAGCAGAUUACUUUAAAACUCAAACAAAGCUCAAACAAAGAAACUGUGCCGCUUCCUAUGGCGCAGUAUUGUCUCUUUUGCCUUUUCUGUUUCCAAAGUAGACUGAAGCGUUUCCUCUCUAAGCCCGAGCCCUCGGGACUAUUAAAGCUCUGACAGCAUUUUAAAUGAGCGCUGGUGGAGGAUUCACCCUGGCAGCUACUAACCGAAAGCGAUAAUUCCCCGAGGCCCAGGGACUAUGCUCCAUGUAUGGGAAGUGUGUUUUAACUGUGUAGACACUGGGCCGUGUGUGCUUAGCAUGCAUGACACAACUGCUCAUGACUGUGGAGGUUAAUGUGUAGCACGCAGCUUAUUGGGUGCUUUAUGUCUUGUUUUGCCCGAGUCCAGUACAGUGUCAAAGUCAUUUUGUCAGGAGGGGAGUUCACAGCUCUCGAUGCUCGCCUAGAGCUUCUGCUACAGCUCUGCUUUAUGAAGACACAUACACACACGUUCAAAAUAAUGACAUUUCUUUUCAACUUAUAAUUAGCUUUUUGCUCCCCAGUCUGUUAUUGUUACACGGCCCUACAUUCACUCAUUGUUGCAGGGCUAUCCAGUGAGACAGUAUUAAGAUUACUGCCUUGUUCUUUUAUGAAUCACACUCAUAAAUGUUGACCCCUCUUUUUCAGCAUCGUGACGCACAUUCAGUCUUGCAGAGUUACUGAACUGGAUCGCUGUGGUCAGGCAGCGCAAACACAAGAUGUUACCAAAUGAACACAUGCAGAGAGGAACCAGCAGCGGUACAGUAAGGAUGGUAAAUGGCCCAGGGGAAAUGUGCAUCCUCUCCCUCUAAUUACACUUCAGUGCGUGCACUAGUGAGCGAAGGAGAGCGCCGCACCGGGAUGCUUUAAUGGGCAAAGCACUGAUGAGAAUCCUAUGAACGCCGAAUGCUCCUACCCUUGAAUAUUUCAGCAUGCUACACAUUUUGAGAGCACCAAACGCUGCGUGUUCAACAAUGUGAGAAGGACAUGCUUUCCGUUUUUGGAGAGCAUGUUAACAAACAUGCAGUUAACAAAGUUGCGUCAGUUUCCCGACCAGCCAGUUUCUGAAUGAGAUGAGCAGGUGUUUUGGAAAGUGUCUACCUACAGUAAAUACAUGGGAGAGGUGUUAAAGCUGUCAGCUGUUCAAGCUUGUGCUGUAAAGUAAAGUCCUCCAUCUGCUUGACAAUCUGGCUUUCCCAUAGACCAAACAGACCAACUACAGUGUACUCAGAAGACCCCAAAGACUCACAUAUAAGCAAUCUGCUCUUCAGGUUAUAUCUGUGAUGUCUUUGCAAGUGGUGUGCCAUCAAAUUCAAAUGUGGACGAGUUUUCCUGACACAAAAAUGUCAAAAUAAAACUCAAACAGAAGUGUUUGUCUAAAGGCCCAGACAGAAACUGCAACGACUGCAGCUCCACUAAAUGAAAGAAUGAAGAGGCAUGAAGUCUCAUUACCCAUUGUGUUAAGGGGAGCAGUUUCACUGGCUGUUGUUGUUGAUUCUUCCUUCUCACCAUUUUAACAACCUCUGCUUCUUCUUUUAAUGGGAUUGACCAACAUUUGGCAGUAGAUCCCCGCUGCAGGGAAAGAUCUCUGAGUAAAACAGCCUGCUGGGUGUUUGAAUCGAUGUUUUGUUGGAUAUACAGCCUCGUUGUCACACUCACUCUCGUAUGAAUGUCUUCAGUAGCUUAGCCUCCAGCCUUUUCAACACCCAACAGUGGAAACUUGACCCCAGAAACAACAAAAAUAAUCUUUUUAUCAAGUCCUCUCUGUACAUGAAUUAUUUUGUUCGCCCUAAAAGAUUAGGAGACUUUUAAGUGCAUUUAUUCACCAUGGCGGAUUAUAUCAUGCAUACAUUAACUCCCACUGUUACUACCCGUGGCAAGUUGAGAUGCACCGAUCCGAUAUUUGAUAGCGGUAUCAGUCCCGAUACCGAAGAAAAUUCUAGAUCAGGUAUCAUGACAAUGGGCCAAAAUGCAUGGGGGCCAAUCUAUUCAGUCUAACUCUAUGCUAUUCGUCGAGUGAAUGCCCACAUUGUUUUCAGUCGGAGCGAGCAAAGAGGUCUGCUAUCUUUAACUUUAUCACACUACCUCAGCCUACAAACUCAAUGGCCACUUACAAUACCUAAACGUUUUGAGGGGCAGUAGUUAAACUUCAAGUUACAACAAAAAAUAAUCCGGCGCAGCUUUUCUGUAUUGGAAUUGGAUCAGUAUUGGCCAAAACUAAACUAUAGAUAUCUGUAUCAGUAUCGGAGGUGAAAAAAGUGGAUCGGUACAUCCCUAUUGGCAAGCGCAGAUGACGUGUGUCCACUCAUUAAGUUGUGUGUUGGCUGUGUGUGGUUAAAACGGCAUAUAAUCACUUGAGUGUUAACCUGCAAGAAGGACCGACGGCUGGUGGUGCUAGCUCUGCUACCAGAAUAGAAUAGAACAGAACAGAAUAUUCCUUUAUUGAUCUUUAUUUUUUUGUCACAGCAGCAUCACAGACAAAGAGUGCAAAAAUGCAGUUAUAGAAAUAAAGAUCGCAAUAUUAAGAACUUAAAUAAAUGUAAUAUUCAAGAAAAAAAUUAGGAAAAGGAAAAGGGGAGAAGAAAAAAGAAAAAUAAAACUAUAUACAAUAUACACAAUUUAAAUGCCAGACAAAAGUGGUGGUGUGAGUCCAUUUGCCAUAUUUUUAAAUCCAGUUUAAUGAUGUUUACCUGCAGACUCUGACACCCUGCAUAUAGUGCCACAUAAACUGUGCAACAUUUUGACCGUUUCCUAGGUUUUGUUAAACCAGCUGCUCUUUUUAUUUAUUUAUUUAUUUAUUCAUUUAGUUAGUUAGUUAUUUUGAUCCCCAUUAGCCACUACAUAAGUAGCAGCUACUCUUCCUAAGGUCCGCAAGAAGACAGUAAACAUUCGUAUAGAUUACAAUGACAAAAGUCCAAACAGGAGAAUUAUACAAGAUGUUAAAAUCAUAACUACAUUUAUAGUCUGCAUUUAUAUUUUUGUUUCAACAGGGUGAAAGCUUAGGAAGAGCCCUGUUUUUCAACUCUUUCUUUUUUUUUCUCAGCGAAGCAUAACCAGCUGCUGACUGCAUCAAAACCAGUGAACCACUCCUCUUUAAACUCUGAUCAAACUGCUGGUGGCAGAAUUUUUCUGUUGUGUGAUAUUUCCCAGAAGAGGCUCUGAAGAAAAAAACUAAUGAAAAUCUCAUCAUAUAAUAAUCCUGGAUUCAAAGUUACUGUGUUUAGGUUCAUAAGAAAUGUAAUAAAUGUAUUGUCCUUUUUGUGCUAAUUAGCUCCAUUGUCUGCACAGAUUAGUCUCAAAUCUUUAACUUUCCCAAGGCAGUGAAGAAUAACAUUUGCAACAGUGAAGAACAACACUUGCUUUAUCCACAGGAAGCCCCGAUGACAUAACUUUGUGACAGAGACAUGCUAUUAGUAGAUUCUCACCAGACAGCGGGGAUAACGGAUAGCGUUGGCUCAUCCAGAGUGUUAAUAUUGUGAACUUGGACGUUGUACUUGUUGUAGCUCUGAGGAACAUUUUCACUGGUUAUGAAACACUAGAAUAGUCUGAUUUGAAAUCAAUACGCUCGUUUCAUCUGCAAAACUGUGUCAUAAAACUGGAAUAAAACACAAGCUUCAGGAUUUAGACAAGCACAAAAUGAAUGUAUGCAGUUGUUCAGUGUUUUAGUGUAAAUGUACUGUAAGUGUGCCCGACAGAGAGUGGAUGACUGCAAGAAGCCAUGAGAAAGAAGGUGAUUAUUGAAGGAGACUGCAAAAGCCAAUACCCAGCAGCUGUAUAUUCACCCUUAGAACAAGGAGCGAGACCCAGAUCGAUAUUCUCUCUCUUUCUCCAGCAUCCCUCCUCCUCCUUCUGCUCCUCACCCGAGGCUGCAAGGGCAGUGCGCAGCUACAGGAGACAUUUAUUACAGGCCUGAGCGGUGGCUCUGUGGGACACAGCUCAGCAUCCCCUGGUUCUGCUUGUUAGCAGGCCUUGUGUAGAUCUAACAGGGGCUGUAUGUCAGCACGGGGGCUGCGUGACAUCACCUCCCAUCGGGCCGAUGAUGGGAGGGAAUCUGCGGAAGUUGGAGCAGUUUCACAGGCCCUGAGAGGAUGAUUGUUUUGUCAAAGUGCAUUUAUGUUCAAGGUUACUUCUCCAUCUGUUAAAUUCCUAGCUGUAAAAAGGUUAUUUCAGCAUGCAUGAAUUACCUUUUGACUCGUGUUUUCUUGCUUGUGGCUAACAGAGUAUCAUUACAGUAAAGCGAGGAAAAUGCAGUGUUUUAGGGAUGCAGGGAUUUAACAUCAGCCGUCAUGUCUUUAAAACAUAUGCGUAUAUUGAUAAUUAUUGAUUAGAACUAUAGACAGAACAGUACCACACUUUUCACCUAUUUAUAUUGCUGCCGUUGUCUCCAGUUAUGACUCAUAUACCAUCUGUAUGUGAUUAUAGGUGUUUCCAUGUGCGGCGUAAUCUGUGGAUCCAUUUUUGUUGAUGAUUUUCAGUUUUUAGAUUAAUGGUUUAAUAACCGGCUUUUCUGCUCAGAGUUUAUCCCAAGAAUCCUUAUUAUCAAAAAUAUCUCCUCCUCAUAGUAUUUCCCCUCAGGGCGAUUUUUCGUGCCAGAGCAGGCUUCAUAUUACAUAACAAUAAGCUACUUGGAAAGUCUCUGUCUUAGUGCAAUAAUGAAAAUUACAGCAUUUGCAAAGCUGCAUGUGCAGUCAACAUUUGUGUUUGUUUAUUGUUUGUCAUCUGGCUCCCACUUUUCCUACAUAACAACAUGUGGCAGCGACGCUGUGUAGGAGCCAACUCAGAAGUCCCAGAUCUUACAGUCGCAUGGGCACACAGACCAUAAAAUAAGGAAUACUUAACUGAAUAAUUGAGCAGAUAAUUAGACCCUCAAAGUGUCCCUUUGUGAUGAAAAUUUUGGUUUGAAGAAAUGAAGCUCUUUUACUCAAAGGCAGCAGAUACGCCAGACAGAAGAACAGAGAAUUAUCAACCUUGGUGUGUAUAUUUUAAAAUAUCGAAGAGAGUAAGAGUAAGAACUUACACCCUUAUUGUGGACUUGAUGUUUUGUGGAGCUUGAAAUGAGCACAAAUUUAAUAUAACAGUGUCAAAAGACUUUGUUGUGUGGGAUCAAAGUUUUAGUAGACUUCAGGAAGAUUUCAGACUAAAUGAAAAAGAAUCUGCAGUUCCUCAUACACAAUGGUAUGAAUGGGAUUUGAAGAGCUUUAUGAAAUUUUUUUUAAUAAAAAAUGAUUUAAUGACACUGAGAAACAUCCGCUAGUUUUAUAGUUACGCCUUCAGUGUCUUUCAGUCAGAGAAAAAUGAUAUAAUGUUAAUGUGAAUUUUCUGGUGUCAAUAUUUUUAUGCCCCCAGGUGGACAAAAAGUCAGUAAUUGUGGGUUCAUGUGAAGGAUAUACCUGCAGUUAUCUAAAUCUAUAGUGUGUUUAAAGUUUGGAAGUGUUUGAGAGUUGAAACUUUUGACUAACGGCCUACCUAUUGAAUUUUCCUUCGGGGAUAAAUAAAGUUAUUCUCAUUCUUAUUCUUCCAAGCUGAGUAUGAAUCAUCAACCUAGUAAGAAAAUUAAUUCUAUUAUGAACUGAAAGUGAAGCUGAAUGAUACAUGGAGUCACAUCCGAUUGGAUCAAUUCACCACAGCAUAAUAAGAUUUCCUUUUCUUUUAUAAACUGGAUUGUUAACAUAAGCACAUUGUUUAUCAUGACCCUCUGUCUGAUCAGCUCUGACCCACUCUGAUAAGUUUCUUUGUUACACAUGUUAAAGAUUGAAACAUCACAAGGUUUUCUAAAGGCCCCGGUGUGGCACAUCAUGUUUUGUUCUUGAGACCUUAUUAGUGCUGUGCUGUGGCGUUGAGGGACAGACAGUUCUUCUUUUAUCUGCUCUGGCUUUUAAGAAGACGUUAUUUGUGAUCUGAUCUGACAGGGAGAAUUGUGUUUCAGUCAGUAAAUGGAACAAACAUGUAGGCAAAAAUCUUACUGCAAAAUGAGAGGCCAAAAUGUAGGCCUAUUUAUUAUGACAAGGAUAAUGACAGGGAUAAUGUGUAAUUAUUAGGUAUUCAUGCAAAAUACUAUAUUUAUUUUUUUUUAAAGCUAUCCCGUUUCUGAGGCGGGAUAGAUAAAUGUGUCCUACUACAAAGGGACGGUAUAGUGAUACAGUAAAUUAUAGAAUAUAGCUUGAAAAUAAAAUAAAUAAAUAAAAUGAAAUAAAAAAAUAAUAAUAAUAGAAGUAGGAUAAAUAAAUAAAUGAAUAAAUAAUAAGUCAGAGAUGGUUUCAACAAAGAUGAAAAAUACCAUAAGAUACAUAAAAUAGUAAUAUAUUAUUUUUUAAAAACAAACAAAAUAGUCAUUGAUAAAGGGUUAGUCAGAGGUUUCAGGGGAAAACUUUUCAUAAUUGUUCAGUAAUGAAUUGCUUUUUUUGUUAUUAAACAAAUUUAAUAAGAGAAUUUAUUUCAAGUGAAAAGGGAGCAAAUUUAGGAUCAGAAUUUGCAAAUUUUUGUCUGUGAGUAAAGAAUUUAAUGCAAGUUAUGAUAAAAUUCAUCAGGUGUUCAAGUGCGUGAUCUUCAGGAUUAACGUAGUAAGUGAUAUCUUUAAAAGUAAGUGAGUAGACAGAAUAAGCAACACCAAAAAAAUGAGAUCCAAUAUCACACCAAAACUUCUUCGACACGUCACAACAGCUAUACCUGUUGCUUGGCCACACGAGGGGCGCUACGUGAUGCCAUCGUCAGCAUGCUGACCUUCCAGAGGAUCAACCACUUAAAACCAGUUUGGUCUGACCAGUCCACAGCAGGCCAUAACAGCCCAGUCUCUCAAAUGCGGCAGCCCCUGGUUUUGGACAUGACUUUUUAUGAACCAAUAUUCGCACUAACUGCUUGUAUCAUCACUGUUAAUCAUGAUUUUUGUUAUUGUCAAAGUUGUUAAGACAGCGAAGUCUUUUAUGUGCGCUUUACUUUCACAUCAUUAUGUAAUUAUCUCUCUCAUUUCAGUCUGUGAAUUGAUGCUGAUCAUGCACUAUGAGGUGCUCGAGUACUUUCUGAAUCACAGCCAGAUUAAAGCUCACAACAGAGACAUUCAAUUACAACAAGGUCACUUCUGUUAAAUCUCUUUAUUCAUUAUGUUUAACGCUGAUUGUGCUUCAAUGUAUUCACCUUCACAGUUCAAAUACCAAUCAGUGUCUGAGUCUUACUCCUCAAAAUGACCUUAACAUGAACAGAAUAAACAACUAGGUGUUACAUAACUCGACUACAGUUACGUUUCGCACCAAGGGUUGAUGAUGUGAGCGCUUUUUGAAUGUAUGCGCUUGUCGCUGCCGGUAACAGAGACGUAACACUGUCACUGUCACUCAGUGAACGCAAGAGAUCCCCUGAGAUACAUCUAAAUCCCGCUGUUGGUCGUAUCUUCCUGACACUGUGUUCAUUUGUGUGUGUGUGUGUGUGAGGCAGAGACAUGCUCGACAUCACACAGUCCAAGGAUCUUUUCACCUUGUAAACACACAGAAGCCUGCUGGCCACCAUCACACACUCACACAGGCAGGUGCACUGAACCUGUGGCAGAAUUUCAUGAUCUGUGAGCAUUAUUUCUUUGUGAUGCUCAACACUCGACAGGGUUUUGUUCGCGAUGGUGUAUGUGUGGGUUGGGUGGUUACCACGUUAACUUGUGUGUCAGUGUGUGUCAACAUGUAGGUGUGUGUUAGUUUGUCAGCAGUGGCACCUACAAGACAGAAUCACGUGGGUUUACCGUUGGGGCGGGUGCAUGACUUACCGCUGGCAUCAAAGAAAAAAACCACACAGGUGUAUUUGUCAGCACGCUGCCAUGCCUGUCCAGGAACACUGAGUCAGAUAAGUGGCUGCACUCACCCUGUACGGUGCGUACGGGAGGUCAGAAAGACGUAUGAAGUGGCGAGCCAACACAGUGGAAUGGAAAAUGUGUCGAAUUAACGCUCCACAUUCAGCUCCCAGGCGGGAUUUCAUGCCUGCUGUGGGAGAGGGCUCUUACCAUUGACUGAUCAGUGAGUCACUCCACUGUGAUACACACAGCAUCUGUUCGAGUGAAUUUAAUGCAGCAUGGGUUUGUGCUGUGUGAAUUAUGAGUUCUCAUAACCUUGAUGUGAUAUUACUGUCUGCUCAUAGUGAGCUUUGAGAAUGAGUAGGCAAGUGAGAGAAAAAGACAAGACUGUGGCCUUAAAUCAUCUCCUCUCACUUCUUCUCUCUGCGUGUGUUUCUUUACUUGUAGAAACUGUAAGAUACUUUGACAGGAGCGCCAUUCAGAUUUAGCUUUAUCCCAGGAGAGCAGUGAGAAUGACUAUUAGCCAUACAUCCAUACAUAGUGCUGUUUUCUUUCUGAGUCUCACUGAAGGAAGAAGCGCCUCUUGCAAAAUAACAAACAUAAAAGAGCCCUUAAAUAAUAAAAGGACGGCUAGGUGAAAAUUUCACCAGAUUGAAUUCAUCCCUGCUUGAAACUUGUAUAAAUGCCUCUGAAAUUUAUCAGUGAAAUAUUUUCUCCCGCUCCAGAAUUCUUCAUUUCUUUCCUGGGCAUUAAGGAAGACUUAUUGUUCCCAGUUUAAGUGGAUCCGAGAGGAUGGCAAAGUACCAAAGAAGAUUUGUGAGGAGACGAGGUUUCGUUUUCUCUGGAACAAAUAGUGCUCCUUAAAUAUAAAGCUCAUUUACAUGUAUGAGUCAGAAAAUCACCCUCCUAUGCAUUGUCAGCAGAGUGAAUGCAGGCCAUACAUCACUGUGGGGCUUUAGAUUGGGCCUCAGGUUGUCUUGUUUUCAGCUACACUGAAGCUCUUCAUGCAGUAAACCGAAUAGUCUGUGCUUUCCAGAUAAAAUAAUAUGUGAUUUAGUCUCUUUGUCUUGAGUGUUUUUUUCCUCGUAUGGCUCCAUUGUUCUUGUCUGAUAAGUGCCAGAGUGAUGGAGAAAGUAGAAAGCUCAUAAGCGUGUGUAUUGUUCAGUAUUUUAAAACACUUCAACAGUGCAUUUGUUCCUUUUUCUAAUCACACAGUAUUGUUUUAAUGUUACAUACAAGCAUGAUUCAUCAAAUGUAGACUCUAAAACAUACAUGAAGUGUUAGUGUGAGUGUUUUCCUCAUUCUUCUUGCUGCUGCUGCUCCACCUGGUGGUCUUUUGUGUCAAAGGACAUACAUGAGGGCUUACAGUACGGUGGAGCAUAAUGGCUCUGUUCACAUUGAGAGCCAUAUUAUGAUGCAGCAGAGACAGCCUAUUAAGUCUUUUUUAGUACUGGUACUGAUGUGGAAGCUCAAGGACACACCGAGUGAGUGAGAAACACUCCUAAAUGGGCUUUAACUCUGAUGUUUCAUUAACUUUAAGUAUUAAUGUGGAGAACCUCCUCCUCUGAGUCUUGUUUUCACUCAAAUGGCUGUUUUACUGUUAUGCACAGCUGAGUAUAAUCUCUAUAAAGGGACAAACGCAAUUAUGGAGCAUACCUGAGAGAAUAGGCGACACAACUAGAUUAAAAACUGUGGUUAAUCAGACAAAACCAGGAAAAUGAGGCGGGAAUAACCCCAAAAGUGUUGUUACAUUUUUAAAGUUUAGAUUAGAAGAGUGCAUCGCUUUGAAAAUUAGACACUUGAACCCAUGAUAGUCGUUGACAUCUGUGUCUUCUCAUUACAGAAUGAGCUCUUCAGGUCAGUAGACCCGUUCUGAUUGGAGACAUGUUCUAAGGACGACCUCUCAGCCGCCAUGAAAGGGUUAGGAGCCAACCGCAGCCGUCACCUGUCCGACUCAUGUGAACCACCAGGCUGCACCCAGAAGCCUCUCUGUCCCCUGACCUCUGACCCACACAGCUCCUUUCUAUUGAGCCCCACCAUUAACCAUUAUGCCACCUUGGACCCACAUCUUCACCAGUAUUCCACCACCAGCCCCACAUCCCUGACCCCAGACUGCCUCCUGCCUUUUAGCCAGAUCUCCAGCAGCAGCACCUUCCCUCGUCUGCACUUCACCUCCCAGGCUGAGCAGGCGGACUGCUCCCAGGCAUGUCUAGCAGGUGGUGGUGGAGCUGGGCAGGGCAGCAGAGCAAACGCACUCUCGACUUCUUUGUCUAUGGGUAUGGGCUUGGGUUUGGGCCUCACUGGAGCGCCUAUGAUCACCAGCGGCUCGGCCACCAUCUCCUCUGCAGCAGCUGCCAAGAUGAACCGGCUACCCUCCAAUAUCCUGGAUCAGCUGGAGAGGCACCUUCCGCUGCAACGAGAUGGUUUUAGCACACUGCAGUUUCACAGGGGACGCAUAUCAAAGCAACGCAGUGAGAGCCCAGGACGCAUUCGUCACCUGAUGCACUCUGUGCAGAAGCUAUUUGCAAAGUCCCAGUCUCUGGAAAACUCUGCAAUCAAAGGCAGCUUAAAUGGGCGCUCUGCAGGAGGAGCAACCACAGGAGGAGGUGAGGAUGGAGGUAGACCAACACGCAGGAGUAAGAGUAAAGAUAGGGCUAAAACUGAAGGGCCAAAGCAGAGACCCAGGCCAAAUGCACUAGGCCUCUGGGGCUCAGACGACGCCCUGGACAAUGACACCACCAAAGCUGGCACCAUCGCUGUCGGUUACCGCAACCCGCUGAGCAUGAUGACUCUGGGUAGAGCGGUGUCAGACAGCCAGGCCAGACACAUCCCACAGGGCUACAACACCAUUUCUGCACACACUCUAAAGACCUCGAAAAGCAGCAGUGACCUCAAGUUUCUGGCGGCGUGCCCGGCGACGCAGGUAGGAUGCAAGGAAGAGGAGGGAAGAAGCAGAGGAAGCAAGGAUGACUCAGUGGUGAAGAGGGGCUCCUGGUCCACUCUCACCCUCAGCCAGGCCAGGCAAGUGUUGCAGAAGGGCUCUGCUACCGUCAACAGGACGCUGCUUAAAUCAAAGUCAUGCCAUCAAGAUUUGGCACAACAGUUUCUGCAGGUAGGAAGGACAGUGAGUAUUCAUCUUCAUCCAUUUUUGUAAGUUUGCAUGGCUUAUGUUAUCAUUUCUCUGAGAUUUGUGUAAUUAUUCACUUUAUAGCACCAGGAUACAGUUUAUGCUUUAACUUAUACUUUGAUUAAAUUUAGAUUUAUUCUUUUUAUCACAUAUGGUUUCUAAUUUAAGAUUUAUCCUAUGUUAAUAUGGUUAAAUUUCUAUAAUUUUCCCACGUCACAGCUUCUCCAAAGUCAUAUUUUCAUUCAAAGCCAAAAUGUUCAGCAUCAUUAACUGAAUAUACAGCUAAAAAUAUGACUAAAACCAUAUACAAACAGUCACGUAUGGCCCAUUUCUAUGGGGAUACACCUGAACUCUCAUGGUUACAUACUAUAAGAGUCUCACAUAACUAUAUGCGCAACAUAAUCUAGGUUCCAGGGGAAUGGACAGGAACUCUGGGUCGCGGCAGGGCCAAAGGAACAGAGAUCCCCUGUCGGAGAAUGCGCAGCGGCAGCUAUGUGAAAGCAAUGGGCGACCUAGAAGACAGCGAGGACUCGGAGGGGAGCCCCAAACCUUCACCCAAGUCUGCUGCCCGACGCCACAGCUACCUGAAAGCCACCCAGCACUCCCUGAGUGAGCAGCAGCCGCCGCCUCCUCCUCGCAAGUGAGUCUCACAGAGAAUAAGAUUCAUUACUCUGGAUUACCAUACUCAUUGUUUUGCCAUAGUGGUGUUUGUGCUCUUUUACUUUACAUUCAUUGAAACAGAAACAGGCCCCGAAGGGGAAAUUGUUGUUAAAACGGAGGAAGGUUUUUUUUCCUAAUGGCCCCAAAGGUAGACAGCAGGUGGCAGCAUCUAGUCACAAAUAAUGGUCUGGGGUUGCAGCAGCACUUCUUUACAGCAAAGUUAUCACUAAGCUAGAGAUGAAAUACAAUAAAUGCACUCAGAACUUUUUAUUUUUUAUUAUCAUAAACGUGGUAGCAGAUGAAACUUUGCCAUGUUUUUUACCCCCACAUCCACACAUGCAGGCCUCGUUGCUACGCUCUCAUGCGGGAGGAUUAUCUGUGGUCUCCGCUGCAGAGUGCAUGCUCUAUGCAGCAUCUGAGGUCAGUGUCAUCCCCAGGCAGGCAGUGUGGCCCUCCACCCACCCUCACUGUCCCCACUGCCACAACCCACCACCUAUUUUUGCCUUACCCUCCCAGUACUUUUCCUCUCUGACCCCCCUGCUCCAUCUCCUACCCUGAGUGGUAUGUUACGACUUUUACCUGCUUCCUCAAAGCCUUGAUCUCAUAACAUGCAAAUCUCCCAUGAAAAUCACUCCACCACACCCUGCUGCUCAGCGCGUACACCUCUCCACUAACACCAGGUGCAAAAAAAGGGCUUCCCAGAACAGAGGAAACUUUUUGAAAACCACUCGGAUCAGUGUUUGAAAGCUUAUCUGGUGGUUUUACUUUUUCAGUUUCCUCUGCGCUGGUAUUUCAAACAGGUUCUGCAUUUAUCACUGUUCACACAUCUCAGCCAUAUUUAAUUUCAAAACACCCAGGGGAAUUUUUCAGAGUGUAAUUAAAUGCUUCUCCUGGAUAUCAUCAAUUAAGCACAGCCCUAACUUAAUCCACUCUCUGACUUCUGAGUUGCUGAUUAUUACGUUCACUUUCACAGCUCCCUGCCGUCCCUGAAAGAGCUGUCGACUAACCGCAGUCUUGAUAACUUGGACUGUCUGGUGAGCCCGCUGGAGGCUCCGCCGCGCCACAGGAACAGCAAUUACAGCCAAUGUGCCAGCACACUGGGCAGAGUCUCGGGCACUCAGGUAUGUGUGUAAUUUCACCAAAUGUGUUACUAUCACUGUCGCAUUUUCAUAACUCAGCUGCAAAUACCACUUUGUAGGAAUAAACUGAUAUUUGAGGAAUACGAACUCUUUUCAUAUAUUUUGUAGGUGUUACAUAAAAAUUCAUGUCUCGAUCUCUUAAAAAACAGCUCGUUAGAUUAUUUCAAAGUGAUCCCAGAAGCGUCAGACUGAGAAUUAAUGUGAUCAAAGCUAAAAACUGCCCGGGAAGGAGCAUAAUCAUGACACACAUUGACACCGCUCUUGAGGUUUAGAGCUACCAUGAGAGGAUAUAAGAGUGUAUGUAAUGCCAUUUGGGAUGUUAUAUAGAUAAGCCAGCUGGGAAUGAGAGAGAUGUCUGAGCAUGUUUGCUUAGUGGGACAUGUGCCUCAGUGUAAACCUGAGGGAGCUUGCUGUAAGUCUUAAUCAGCAAGAUUGCUCUGGGAUGCGGAAUCGCACACAUAAGUCUAAUGCAAACAUCCCAUAAUGAAGCAGAAUUAUUCUACCACAUAGGAGCGUUUGUAUAUGUCAGAUGAUGACUUUUAUUACUGAUAGUAACUUAAUCCAAAUACAUAAUACUGUGCAUAAUAAACUAGAACACUCAGUUUCAAGGUUUUAUUAUUAUUAUACAUGUCUAUGUACCACCCACAAUGGGUUCAUGUUUGCUGCUCAAGUGUCAGACAUAUAAGUGAAUCUCCUGCUUGAUUCUUCAUCUUUCUUGGUCACUCAAUCAUGAGCAUAUAAAACACACUACAUUAUUACGGAUUAAACUGUUUUUUUAAACUCUUUUUGAUCUGUGUCUGUCAAAAACAGCAGUAUUUCAGGGCUCUAACUUGGCUUAGCCAUUAAAUUGCUCUCCCUGCCCAAUCUUCAAAGCAGGCAGUGGGGUUUGAGUCCAGUCAGUGACCCCCUCACUGCAUGUCAUUCCCCACUCUCCUUUCCCAAUUUGCGGCUCUCCCUGCUGUCCUAUCCUCCAAUUAAAGGCAAAAAAAGCCUAUACGUAAACUUAAAAGGGAAAACGGGGUCUAGUUCCACUGUCAUAUCAGACUUUUUAGACCCCAAAAUGUCAAAUUGUGCAAAAUCGUAUGAAGCUAUCACAGUUUUGUGAAAAUUUGGAGCUUAGAGAAAAGUACAAGAUUUUCUUGCCUUAAUAUUUUGCCUAUCCUAUAACUGUUUACCACAAAUAAUGCCCCCCUAUCCAAUUAAAGGGACCUAAACGCCAAAAUAUCUUCUUUAAUACAAAAUGUAUGAAAAUAGCUUUACCUUAUUCUGCUGUAUAAAACUGCUAUUUGUUCAUCAGUCUUCACAAAUAUAAUUGUCAUAAAAGUGGUCAGACAUAAGGAUAGUUUCUCUUUGGAAGUAAUACCGUCACUCUUUCUUCCUGAAGUAAAUUUGAUGAUUACUUACUCUGUAGUUGACUUCUUUUUUACAUUCUCAUCACGUUACUUGAACUUAAAUCAAAGAUCCAGGUGCACCUCCCUUAAAGGUGCAAAGUAAAUGCAUGUUUUACAGUCUGCCCUUUGCCCUCAGCGUGUGAGUAUGCACACGUUUUUUCAGGUAUGCGGGCAGGGCUUUGGGCAUGGGGUACCGUACUGUGAGGGGGAAUCGCAGGCAGUGGAGGCGCUGGAUCUGCCUGCGCCUACGUGCUUCCGGUCACGCAGCCACAGCUACCUUCGGGCCAUCCAAGCGGGCUGCUCCCAGGAUGAAGAUACGGCCUCUGUGGACUCAGACUCGCCACCCCCAACCACGACAGGAUACAGCUCCAAAACACGUGAGUACCAGAGAAGAAAGAGAGGGUAGGCUUUUAUUCUAAAAAAUAAAUAAUUAUUAAGAGAAGAAGAAAGAAAAUAUAAAAGAAAUAUCAGUUGAAUGGACCAAACACAUGUCUUUAAAAGUCGCCCACACAUCCAUUCACAACAGACCUUGAGAGACAUUAGAAUUGGCUCAGAGGCAAUUUUGAUUAUGAAGUUCUACCAACUACAGUUAAAAGCACUUUUUCUCUUAUGCAUUAAAUUUACUGAUUUACUGUGGGUGGUAAAGUAUUUAACAUACGAAAUUUCACAUUAUUGUCAUUAUAACUGUCACGUUACAGUCAAAACCAUGUCCUUUACUUUCUGUCAGCAGUGGCUUGGUCAGCGAAAGUCCUUGAAAAACAUUCAUACACCAGCAGGGACGCAGAGGUGGGCUCAUCAGCCCUCCUUUGAAUAGAUGAGUCAAUCAAAGUGGGAGAAAACGAGAGAACUUUUUCAAUUAAUCAUAGCUUUUGUGAAGCGUGGAACUUCAAGGUUUGAUUUCAUUCAGCCUAAAUGUCCUCAUUCACUGUUUGAUUUAUGACACAUGCUCUGAAUUUCGAUAAAGGACCCCAACUUCUGCGAGUUUAAUUGAAUUUCUGUCACUAUUCUUUCUUUAAUUGAUCUAUUUUCAAGGUUCCCUCUGCAGUAAUGUUUCUAUUCAGACUCUUUAUGUCGAGGGUUACAUGAAAAGUUUUGUUACUGGAUGUAAAAAUGAAUCAUGCUUUUUGUUUGAUGUUUAAUAGGAGUCAAAGAUGUCCUAACACAACAUUUAAGAAUUCAAUCACUGAGUUGAGACGAGUCAAAAAAGAAGUACCUUAAUAAGUUGCCAUGAGACAUACAGUGACUUAGACUAUUAUUUUUUUCUAAUGUAGGGCCCAAAAAGCCAUCAUGGAUGAAUUUGAUGGGAAGAUUUUAAGGAUUUUUUUGUGUAAAUAUAUUUUUUAAUGUGUGUAUUUUAUAUAAUUAUCACAACAAGACAUUAAAACCCUAAUAUAUCUAUAAAUCACCAGUCAGGGUACAAAUGAUUGGAUUUGUUUUGCUCAAUGAUGAAUGUGCAAAUAUUUGAUGCACUUAUUUUCAAGCAUUUAUGUUUCCCAAAAGGAUUUUUUCGUGUUAUAUAUGGGUUAACUUUGUGUCAUAUAUUUAAUUUGAUGCCUACCGACACAAAACAGGGAGGGGGUGGGUUUAUAUAGAGCGCUAUUGUUCAGGUCACAAUGGAUCGAAUAUGUAUGAGCUUAUGUCAAGACUCUUGUCUGGUUCCCGCGGCGUCAGACAACAAAUGAAACGCACCUAUCACGAAGACAGACACCAACAACGUUACAAAGAGGCAACAACCAAUCGGCUUCUAAAUCGAUUACCUCGCGGACCGCAAGCGUCCAAUCAGCGGCAUGGAAACGGUAGCGAAGAAAAACGUGGACUCCAAUCCUCGUCGUCAAGGGCGUGUACUACAAAUCUUUUCUUCACAGCGUCGCUUCUGUGUAUCUCACGGCUGGACUCCGUAAGCCCGUCUGUAUCUCGUCUGCCUCUUAUGAAUGACUAGAAAAUAAGGAUUCCUCCGUCGACAUUUACACAGUAAGAUAUUUCCUCCUUUUUCUGACCACUCUUCAAUUCGUUCACUGACAGUGUAUUGUCGGUGAGCUAGCAACGGCAAGCUAACGGGAGCUAAUGGUGUGUUAGGUAAGCUAGCGUGAGCUAACGUGGAAGAAAGGGUAUGAAACCCUAAUACGGGUUGUUAGCAGGUUGGCGAGGUUGAAGUACGGUAUCGCGGUUGCUGUGGUGAUAACGAAGGGAAAAGCCAGUAGUCGCAGCGUGUCUUUGUUGGCUCGCUCUUAUCUCUGCCUUUUUAACGCCUCCGGCUAACGUUUCUGAACAUUAAAUACCCCGUGUGAUCACACGCCGUAAUGAGCCUUUUACUAGCUGAAGCUAACAGUAGCCGAGGCGGUAAUAGGCGAGUAUAGACAGCUCGUAACCGGCUGGUGUGGCCAACCAAACCGUCCACGUCUGUCAUAUCUUAGAUCUCACUCUGGCUUCUGCAGCGUUUUACACAAGCCUUUUAAUAUGCAAACCAGUGUGUCCUGAGGCGGUGGAGUAGUCGUUCAUAAAAAAGGGAAAAUGAAGAACCUACGUUUCCUCUAUGGAGUUACACUGAUUCAACUUACAUACAUGUUGAUCUGGAUUAGCGAGCUUCCAGGUGAAGCCCUUUAAUGUUCACAGGUACUCCACUCUUAUACCAGAUUCAACAUGUGACGGUAAUGUGAUAUCAGGGGCUAGUAGGAAACUAUUAAUGCUGUGAAGGUGUAAUAAUUUCUUCAUUCAUAAAGUUUACAAGACCUGUGAGGAGUUUUGCUGGUCUUGAACAGGCUAAAUAUAUUAUUGAUGCCACUUUGUGACCAUCUGCUAUCAACGAUCAUUGAUUUUAAAAAGUCAGUAUCUAAGGUAAGAAGACUCAUAGAGACAACAAACAGCAUGGAGACAUCAGAAAAACAUAGACGAACACCAGAUGCACAAUAAACACAGUUAAAGCCAAUGAAACAUGAUUGAAAGGUGGUAUAAUAGAAGAUAAGGACAUGUUGAAAAAGCCCCUUUUCGCUCUGAAUAAAUUCUGAAUUAAUCAUUAAAGGGAAGGUAAAUGCCAUUUUUUGUCAAUGAGUAUUAAUCGAACAUGUACUGGACAACAUCAGACUACAACAGGAGUCACCAUAAUCAGUACAAAAUUGACACUUCCUUACCUCAUUUUACCCUCUGCUAAUGACUAAAGUUAUCAUAGUAAGGUUUAUUCAGACCAGGUUAAGGCUCCAUUUUAAGUAAACAUAGCCACAUAGUCUAACACCAGAUGCACAAUAAACACAGUAAAGGCCAAUGAAACAUGAUUUAAAAAUGGUACAAUAUACGAUAAGGACAUGCUUUUCACUCGGUUUACAACAACCCAAUUAAAGAAAUUCUGAAUUAAUCAUUUAGAUGUUAAAAGGAAGGUGAAUGCCAUUUUUUGUCAAUGAGUACUGGACAACAUCAGACUACAACAGUGGUUAUCAUAAUCAGUACAACCUGAUAGUUCCUCAUAAGAGCCUUUAAUCCCACAAAUCUCACUUUUCCCCCUGUUAGUGACCAAAGUUAUCAUUGUAAGGUUCAUUCAGACCAGAUCGAGGCUCCAUUUUGGAUCAAGUUUCUCAAUACUACCCUCAUUAUUUUUGUUUUGACUGAAUGGGUUUUAGUUGUAUUUUUACUUUUUCUGCAUAGGCUUUUAUUAGUCCAUGGUUUUAUGUGCCAUCUUUACUCAGUAUCCACCAACCAUGUGUUAAGAGACCGGAGGACACAAUCUAUUAUUUAUCAGUAUCCUGCCCUGCGUAAUGCGUUGCAGUUCAGCAGUGAGUACACUUGGCUUUUAAAAGCACCACCUGACUAGAGAGGGAUAUGCGCACAAAAAGAAAAUAACAUCACAGAUCGACUGUCAGAGUAAGCUGAUCAAACUGCCUAUUCGGUGAUAAAAAGACAAUGUUGUUCCUAUUACUCGUAUAGGAACAGAAAAUGCUGCUUUCAAGUCCUUAGAAGCAACUUCUAUUCAAGCUCCUGGGUCCCAUCAGAAACUCUAGCUUUGAGGCUUCAUUGUGGUGACAAGGCGUGUUCAUUGUAUCCAGCACCAUGUUACACAACACAUGGUGUUCCUGUAUAUCACCAUGGAUAGACAGUGAGUCAUCCUUCACUGUAUUAAACGCACUUCCUCUCACCCUCAUUGAUGAGGUAAUCUCUUUACUGAAUGGGCGAAACAGCUGGAGUUUCACUGUAAGGUCACCAGCCUAGAAGCUUCCUAAUGAUGUGUGUGGAGCUGUUUGUUCAUAUGGUUAGACAGUGUACUGGAGGCCUAAACAUUUCCUACACUUAUGUCAGGCACUGAUUAGAGAACUAUUUUAAUGUAGUUAGGCUUGCACCUAUAUUGAUUGUGGCAGCCAGUGUAAAAUACACACAGUAUCACAGUUGUUAGAAACUUUCUAUGACAAAAUAUGACAUUCUGAUAUUUUUAGAUCUGAGAAAUCUUCCCAUCAGUAUUAUAAUUUUUUUACAGUGUUCAUUUAUUUGCCUAUUCUUCUGGGGAGAGGUCAAAAUGAAUCCCAGUAUAGUAUCAGACCUCAGUAAGAGUUGAUCAGGUAGAGUAAUAAGCUAGUUUCACAUCCCGAGGGGUUUGACCUCAGAGGCUCUUACCACGUGUCUUUACAUCAGCUGAUAAGGAUAUAACCUAGACUGUUGCUCCAGUUCAGCAGGUCAGUUUAAGGACCAAGGCCAUUAGGAUAUCACACUGUACAGAUGAUAAAAUGCACAAAUCAGCUCUCCACCUGAGCAAAAGAUGGACCAAAAUUUCUGGAUUUUGUCUCAGUUGCCGUGGCUCCUCUCAAGGCAAGCUGGUCCUUCUUUAAAUUAAAAAAAGAUGCAGGAAUAUGAAACGCAAAUUGACAACAUUUGACUGAAACCAUAGCUGUGACUAUGUUAGCUGUGGCACCUUUUGUUAAGGGUGUUGUCACUUCACUGCCAGCAUGUCUGUGUUUCAGCCUGUCUUUCUGUCUCACCGGAGAGCGCUCUCUUUUCAUGAAGUCUGUGCACCCUGCCUACCUUUGAGCUCGUUUCUCUUAUUCAUGAAGCUAUUUUGGGAAAACGGCACAGAUUCCAUGUUGAAGUCUAGAAACUCUGCAAACAAAAUGAGUAUACGCCUGUAAAGUGAGAAACAAUUAUAAGCAGCAUUAACAGGGAGAGAGUCGAGUUAUUUUAAAGUGACUUGAAUUUACAUUCUUGUGUCCAACAAAUAUCCUAAAUGAAAUAUCGUCUACAGCUUCAAUUAUAUAGGUUUUAAAGCCAAUAUAAAGCAAGUCUUGCUCCAAGUAUAGAUGCAUUGAUAUUGAGAGUAGCUCCUGACCAGAUCUAACCAAUAUUUUGAUCAAUAAUGUCCCUUAUGUAUGUAAUCUGUUAGUCUGAAGUCAGGCAUAGCUGUGUGUCUUGGUCUUAUCUUUCAAUUCCCACAGCCUGUUAGUUUGCCAUACUUUCAUAUAGUCUGGCUGCUAAUCUUUGACAGAACACCCGCCAUUACCUCUUUCUAUGAUACUUGGCUCCGAUCCAGAAUUUCACAAAAGCUCCUCCACAAUAAGCCACAAUCCAGGUCUGGUGUGUUUUGUAAUUUGCAUGUGUUUGAGCUUUGCUCUCCAGUAGACAAUCAUGUUGAACCUCGGUCUCUCCCCUCUCAAAGAAUCUCACACUGCAGCCUAAUUAACACACUUCACUGUGAGUCAAGAUCACUCAAGAAGGAGCUCAGCAGUAAUCAAAACCCCUCAAAUCCCAAACCAUACAACCCAACAGGCUCAACUAAAGUGUAAGAGAAGCCGCUCCUUUAUUUUAAACCCAGACAAUGAUAUCAGCAUUAGAAUAGUAAAUCACUCCCAAGUUUUUCCUGCCAUUCAGGGUCCAUUAUUGGACAUCUGAUAGCUCUCAGACAGACCUGCUGAUGGAGCCGGAGCACAUCCUGAGUGAGAGUGUUGAUAGUGUUGUAAUUGAUCCAAAUAGUUUUUGCUGGGGCCAACAUGAAGUAGUAGAGCAAUGGAAUUACUUUGUCUAGCUUUCAUUGGCCUUCGUAGUUGGACUCAAAAUCGUAUCCCUGCCCUUGAUCAGUUGCAGACAAGUGUGGGAAUGAUGGAUUGUGAAAGUUUUACACCAUACAAAGGAGCAGUUUGAUGAAAAAUUUGUCCAUAAACCAUAUGUUCUGUUUUUGCAGCAAGGUAAAACCAUUGAUCUAAACUUUGUUCAGGAUUCAAUCAAUUCAAACCAAUCUUUCUACUCUCGUCCUUCAUGAUGGUACUUAACCAAAGAAUGAAUAAUUCCUUAACCGAAACCAAACCACUGACAGUUCGCUGAACACAGCCUGACUAACUCGUAUAAGUGUAUAGGUGAGACCAAUUGCAAUCCAAUUACUGUCCCAGUAUCCUAAAAAUAAACUUUAUUCUUGUUGGGUGAGUUUAUCAACAGGAGUGCAGACAAUUAGGCCUUGCAAAAGAUGGCAUAGCAAAGGAUUACAGAAAGAGCAUCAUCAAGUCCAUAAGGAAAUAUCACUUAUAUUUAUCCUAAACUAAUCUAAUACCGUAUUUGUCGCACCAAACAAAACAGUCAGAUAAGUCAAGCUUUUUUUUAACUCAUUCAAUAACUCUGCGAGGCUACGGUAGCUGCAGUGCUCCGACAAGCCAAAAGGAUUUUAAGUGCGCCUUAUAGUGCGAAAAAUACGGCAACUUGUCUCGUCACUGCCUCUGCUGACCCACCAGUGAAGCCAAGUUUGUGUAUUUAAUGUUUAAUGUUAAGAAAAAAAAGAGCUCGUGAUGGGUGAUACUUCUGAAUAAGUAAAAUAGAGAGUUUAACUGAAGGCUAUUAGCAUGCUCUACCUCAGUGAUCCAGAAUCUGGGCAGCUUAGCCUCCUCUUAAUCACCUCUUGGCAGUGUGCCUCUACAGUAGGCAGGUGAUGCUGAGCCAGCCGUGACACUAUAGAUUGCAUUAAGUUGUGAAUAAUCUGCAUUUAGCCCACUUCGCUGUAACUAGAUGCUCAUAAACAUUGUUUAGUCUAUAUAGCGGUUGCCUUGAUCUCUUAAUGAGCAGGAUAAGACUUGGACGUGUUUCAUAAAGGAGUAUUUGCUGUAGAUGAUCUGUUAAACAGAGAGGCAAAGUUUAUAAUCAUCUUAAUAGCUCAGUGUACGAUUAAGAUAUGCAGAGCAGCCUUGCGCUCACAUCAAACAGGGCAGAGGCAUGUGUUAAGAUUCAGGGUGUUGCAGCCUGGAUCCAUUAAUUAACUCGGGGAAUGUCACGCAUCUCUGUGAUUACUACGAGCGAUUGUCGCGCAGAAACAAAUGGCGUGCUGUUGGUGAGAUGCCAAAAUCGCUACUGAAUUCCUCGGCUGCAUGAGCGACGCCUGAGCUACAUGGAGUGGAUUCCACAGUCAUGUUUGUGUAUGUUGGUGGUAUUUAAUGAAGGCUUUACUGGUGCUGUGAGUCAUCGGACUCUGACGGAAGUACAGCACCCUCCCAAUUACAGGGCGUUAGGCUGCUAUUUAUAUUGAACCACUACCAGAGAGAGAGAAUAAACACUACAGUUGGUGAUUAAUUUGGAUUGUUGAGCUGUAAAUGACCUUUUUGGUCAGCCAAUUUUGAAAACACAGUCCAUCUAUCUCUUUGGACAUGCUGGAAGUAUUUGUCUGAUACUCAUUCUGUACCUCCCCCAGUCACAUGGUGAUAUUCAUCCAGUUGUUUAAAUAGCAUUUACACAAAAUCCCCUCAAUUCCUGCAAAAAGCCUGAGGUUUUUUCCUGGUUUCUCAUGUUGUUGUAGUGCUGCGGUUAACCCUGUAUUAUCCACCACAACCCUGUACUCAAGACUGAUGACAGAGAAAGAGGCACCAGCCCCGUUCCUUGUGCCUGAGUCAGUCCGCCUUGGCCCGCUGGUUCUCCACUUUCAGGGCUCAUUUCAGUUUCUGUGGAAAGAGUUAGUGAAGCAACAGCAUUCUCAGAGUCACAAUACAGCGCAGAAGUUGUCUAUCCUAUUUGGAUUUGUUCGCUCAACUCUAAUUUAAAAGGUAAAAUAGUUCAGAUCUACAGAUGCUUUAUUCUUCAUUCAGUCGUCACUGGUUUGAUUCCUGGCCCUUUUCUUUGCUGCAUGUCAUCUCUCACGCUCUACGACUAAGGCAAAACUACUAAAAAACAUAAAAAUUAUAGGGUCACACUUUAUUGUAUCUCUUAUUUGUAGAUAAUAGAGAGAUGGCAAACAAAUAAGACGAGGGGAAACCAGUAAAGAAGAGCGAUAAUAACUUUAAAGUUCUUCGUGAGAGAUAAACAACACUCAAAACAGAUCACUUACUUUAUAGAGGCAGGCAUGAUGAUGUUUGCUCUUCUCUCCUUCUUCUGCAGGUCUUCGUUUCACAACAACCACUUAGAGCUGCUCCCUAAAAAUCAAUAUUAAUAAUCAGCCCAGAAACCCAGUCUCAAAUGCCAGUCAAUCAUUGCGCUAUUUUUUAGAUGCAUUAUUGCCUUCAUGAUAACAGUAUGGCUGAUAAUCACUUUGAUAUCAGAGGCUUUUCUAAAAGCUACCAAACAACAAUGAUAAAUAGAAAUGAACAAGGUCGUGGAAAUCAUAUAUGAAACAUUUAACACAAUUAUUAUCUCAAAAACAAAUGAGGUAACUCGUUUGCCUGAUUUUUGCGCUUCUUGCAAACAGGAAAGAGUAAAAGGGAUGUGUUAUUUCCUCUGUUUCAGUUGUUCCUUGAAAGCAGCGUUGCCCUGUGUGACAAUCCCCAGAGCAUCAGGACUGUAAAGGUGUGGCGUGUUAGGGAAGAUCCCCAUAGACACACUGACGUCAGCGAAACAACUAAAACAGACAAAGCUUGAUGAACAGGCUGAUAGAGGCGGCAAUAAGGGCAAAGUACAGGCUUUUGUUUGCCGAUAGGCCGUGUUUAUGGUUUUGUGUUUUGGCACUGAUGGGCACCACGUGACUUUUGACAAGAAGCAGAGUUUUCUUUAUAGGCAGGAACGAGAGGGUUUUUAGGCUCUGUGUUGACCCUGUUUUUUGUCUUAUCUCCAUCUUCUCCGAGAAGUCAGCAAUAGGAGGGCUCCACCUCCAGUCCCACCCCGCACCACAUCCAAGCCCCUCAUCUCAGUGACCCUGCAGAGCAGCACAGAGUCAGCCCAAGACACAUACCUUGACCAGCAGGACCGUGGCAGCGAGGCCAACAGCCAAUCAGGACGAAGCAACUCCUCUGACAGUCUCUGUAGCAUCCGCACGGGCAGUCUGGCUAAGGGUACCCAGCCUCCGCCGAUCCCUGUCCCUAUUAUAACCCCUGCACCUGCUGCUGCUGCCACUGUACCCCCUGUUCCAGCCCCUCGUGACCUCCACUCCACCACCUCCACCGUAACCACCACAACUGUCACCGCUAGCACUACUUCCACAUCUACCCAGCCCCAAAAUGACACCCUGAGCAUCGGUGCCACCCUUGAGCAGCCCCCGACUGCACCCAGGAGGAAACUGUCCUCUAUUGGAAUUCAGGUAAGAACAACCCAUCUCAAGUCUUCACAUACAAGUAUACAUGCACAAUCUUUAAUUUGUAUUUACCUGUGUUCUUCUUGUUGUCAACAACGCUUCAGGUGGAUUGCAUUUUGCCAGUCUUAAGAGAAGAACCACUACCACUGACCGCACCGCUCAAGUUUCAAUCUAUUGGAGUUCAAGUGGAGAACGGCAGACCGUAAGUAAACUCACAAACAUAAAAAGCAACUUGUUUGAUCAAAGUAAGUAAAUGUCUGCAAUCAGUAUUUUCCGUUAGAUAUAAUGCCUAAUUAUUUCUCAAGACUAGCAGAGUUAAAGAGGAAUGCAUUUCCUCUCUAUCUGCACACAUUCGCUGGUGUUCUCUUCUUUUUACCCGUUUGUUUUUAAACCCAAAGCCUGUGCAGCAGCGUGUUUCUAAGGUCAUGAGCAGUCAGUCUGACAGCAGCACAGCAGCCCAGGGCACUGAUUGAUGUCCUUUUAAUCUUGUUUUGACUGUAGAGAGCCGAACAUGGAGGGAAAAUUGUCAUUUAAACUUUUUAGUGCAAUGUAAUUCCCCCUUAAUCAUGUUUGUUUGACGGCUCACCCCGUUUUUUCCCCCUGCUCAUUAUCCCUGAAGCCAGCAGUCCUCCCACUUUUAUGGUGCAUACCUAAUUCGUCGCUAAUUCGCCCUUUGCAUACAGUCCUUGGUUCUGUGUAUUCUGUGACAUCUUGUGCUCCACUGCAAACAAUGAUAGUGCACCAUCAGCUGCCACAGUGUCCUGUCAGUUAAUUGCACUGACCUAAAUGUGUUGCUGUGGGAUAUGUUUGACACAGGACUUCACUGUCUAGAUGUAUUUAACUGUCUGUAAGGAGCUAAUGUCUAUGUAUGUUUCUGCAGUCUCAGUCGGGACAGCAGCAUGGCCUCCAGACAAAACACAGAGACCGAGCCUCAGGAGCCCCAGGAUGCCGCACCCACAGAAAACAACACAGCCAACUGCACCAACAGUAAAACAGAGAAUACCAGCGCGCCCAGCAGACAGGACAAAGCCAUGGAACAGCAGCCCCUUAAACAGAGCGCGGCCUUAUCCAGGAUACCGACAUCGCCCCCGGAGAGUUUGGACCCGGCUUUAGACCCCUCCUCGCUGCCACCGCCAGAUCCCAGCCUGGGGACCGGAAACUGCGGCACCCCCGGUGAUGCUGUUCAGUCCAGCACGCCAGCCUGCCUCCGGGACGGGAACUGGUUCCUGAAGCUGCUGCAGGCAGAAACAGGACGCAUGGAGGGCUGGUGUAAACAGAUGGAGCAGGAGACCAAAGACAACAAGCUGUCAGAGGAGGGUGAGUGAGUGAGUGAGUCAGGAAGUGACACUGAAGAUAAAUUUACAUGUCAGAAGCUUUGUGCCAAGAUGAAGGUCACGUGUUUUCUAUAUUUUCUGCAAAUAACUUCGAGGUUCACAAGCUCCAUCUCUUCUAAGCGAGAGGGAAAAGCACUAUGAUGAAUACUGCGUUAUGCAGAGACACUUAUGCAGAAUAAAGUGUAAAAUAAAUGGUGUUUACUAUGUUCAUAGAUUACUCUCUCACUAAGUUAAAAUCAAAUGUCAUCAGGAAGAACAUUUUUUCUCUUGUCAGUCAGGUUCACAGACAGGUUAUCGGGUCAGAACUUGUCCACACUGACUGCAGACAAUGAGACACAGCAGGACACAGUCACUGCAGCCAUUGACUCACUGUAUCAUCGCUCAUUAGAGUGGGAGGAAGCUUUGUUUUAUCUGUAACACAGCCACUGCAGAGUCAUUUCACUUCUCCCUUCUCCCAAAAUCCCACUCAGGCUUUCGGGCCGAUCUAUCUCUGCAGUGUCUUAAAUAUGAAUGAGCGUGAAGCCGACCAGCUGUAGAGGCUCCAUCCGAUUAUCAUUCCCCCCUGCUCUCCGUGAGCUUGAAUUAUGAAUUUCCAUUUACAUGCUAAUAAAUGGCAGAAAAUAGCUGUCGACGGAUAAUUUGUUAUCCUCCCAAAGAUUGAGUUACUUCUAAGGAAACGAUUUACUGCAAGAGAAUGUGAAACAGUAAAUGUUAACAUGAAUAUUUCAUCACGAGACAACAGCAAUCAACUCGACAGUCAUCUCGUCUCAACGCAGCUCUCUAACCCUUUUACAUACUGUAUCUCUUAAGUGCUUCAGCAUAUUUUCUGGAAGUAAAGAGGGAGUGUUUUUAUGUCACUUUUGUUCAGCAGUGAUUUAUUUGCUCUGUUAACUCCUCUCUCUGUCAGCAGUGUAAUGAUGAUUUGUUACAUCCCUCUAUUUUGUAGUAUUGGGGACAAUCCGCAGUGCGGUGGGCAGCGCUCAGCUGCUCAUAUCUCAGAAGUUUGAGCAGUUCAGGGGGCUCUGUAAUGAGAACUUGGUAAGUGGCACUUAGACAUCCUCUGAAUCUUUCUUCCUUCCUUUCCCUAUUAUUACAUGUUUUUGUUGACCUCUUAGUUUCAGCUGUCCCAGUUUUCUUUUUUCUCUUGACCUAAUUUUUUACACUCAUUGAAGAAAUCCUCCCUUUCAAUUACACGCAAAACUGGAAUUUAAUUUGUCAAGCUGAAGUUCUAAUUUGUGUAUUUGACUCAGAUUUUCUACAGUUUAUUUCAGGCAGAUUUUUCUUUUUCCUCAUACUGGCAAGGUUUGAUUUAAUCCUCUCUGAUUUGACAGAAACUAUUUAUGCAUCACCUCUUCACUCUGUCUGUUUGUCCUUUGACUAGAACGUGAACGCUAACCCGAGACCAACGGCACAGGACCUGGCAGGAUUCUGGGAUCUGCUGCAGCUCUCAAUAGAAGACAUCAGCAUGAAGUUCGAUGAGCUGUACCAGCUAAAAGCGAAUAACUGGCAGCUUCCCGAAAAACCAGAGAAGAAGGUGAUGUGUGGUGCUAGACGGAUGUAAUACUGACAUGAUUAUUUUAGAGAAAUACCUUCAUAUUGACUCGUUUAAGUUUGUUGUUUCUUCUAAAUUUUUUUGAUGAUUUUGGUCAUUUUUCUUGGUUUUAUGUUUAGUAUUGUAGAGCCAGGUUCUUAAGGAGCCCUUCAGUUAGCACUACUAUGACCUGCUACCAUUCAUUUCAGCCCAGACAGGAACUUAACUACCCUGUCCAGAUUAUAAACCAACCAGUGCAAAGAAAAAAGAAUAGGGAAACAGCCAUUUCUUUUUUUUUUUCCAUGCUUGUCUAGACCCGAAAUUGGUUAAAAUCUAAUUCCAUACUUUUCCAUGCAGCCUAUGAUUCUUUUUCAGUCUUUACUUCAAGCUUUCAGGAGUUUUACUUUAUAUGGACCUUCGGCGGUUUUCAGUGUUUUGUUAUGAAGGAGGUUGUGACCCCACCAUGUACCACGCUGUGCCUCAUUUUUCUCCCCUUCUUGACAUGAUUCCCUCAGGAGGAAAACAAGCAGCUUCCAUCAUCUGUGCCAAAGAAGCAGUCGAAGCCUAAGCUGUCAGCAGGCAAGGACAGGAGCGUGGACUCAGCUGUGGACAAGCAGAGGCAAGAAGCGAGGAAACGGCUGAUGGCGGCGAAGCGCGCGGCGUCAGUGCGGCAGAACUCAGCCACAGAAAGCGCGGACAGCAUCGAAAUCUACGUCCCAGAGGCCCAGACCCGCCUCUGAGAGCGAACCAGCACCGACCAUAGAGCAAAAUUCAGACUCACUCCAGACAUUCAUUGACACAAACACACAAACAAAUCUGAGACGAACACACAGAUGUACUACGGAUGCACAGAGGCCUGAUCCCUGAUGACGAGAGGGGAUCGCAGGGCACCGAAAAACAAUCCCGAAUAAUGCAGAUCAUCACCCUGCUGCCAUGGGACUGAAAUAAUCUUGACAGAUGUUUAAUACUAUUGUUAUUGUUAUUAUUGACAUUAUAAUAAUUAUUAUCUCCUAAAAUAUAUCAGGACUGUCUUAAAUGUGCAAGUAUCUCGGAGUAAGGACAUCCUGUACCUUGUAAGCUGAAGAAAUCUUGGUAUACCAGAAGUUUACUCUUAAAAAAAAAAACUCCCUUCACUGCUGAGUCUACCGGCAAGUUGCUGCUGCCUGGUUUACGAGCUGAGCUACCAUCCACACACACUCAGGACACACACAUGCAGGUGUACUCACUGUCCACAGAGUCUUCCUGUUCUCUAUUUGUAUUAGGCUGCCACUCGUCGGGUGUGGUGUGUACGCUUUACUGUGUAAGAGAAUUUAAGGUGAUGUUAUUGUACUCAGAGGUUUAAAAAUGCAGAGAACUAGAGGAAGGCAGUAGCAUAUAUUCUAAAAUAUCACACUAUUACAAUGUUCAUUUUGUAAAUGUUGUAUACCAGAUUAUUUGUUAGAAAGAGGUCAGUGUUCAGUACCAAGGUAGUUUUUUAUAGAUUGAGUACAUGUACUGUCAUGAUAUAUUAGCACUUGAUGCAAUCAUUCACUCCGCCUCUCUCUCUCUCUCCUCUCUUUUUCUCACAAACGCACACUACACAGUCUGUGUCUGUGAAUAUUCCCCAUCGUUAAAAGUCUUACAUUUGUUUGUUUUCGUGAAGGGAUGCGAAGGAAUGACUCCCCAGCCAGUGAGCUACGUAGGAAUGUAUGAAAUGUUAUGCAUUAACAUCUCAUGUUGACUUGAUCACUGCACUUUUCCACUCACCUCAGAUCAAGUUCGCCCACCUUUUUAGUUCGCCUCAUCAUUCUGAUUUUCACUGCAUCAUGUGAUGUAGGGGACCAAGACACCACUUGAUAUGGCAUUCCCAUUCAACCAGACUAUGUGUGAUGGGGUGGGGGUUUGCUUGCUUCUGGAAGGGUAAUGGAAUAGUAUAGCAAUAAUAAAAGUGUGUUAGUACAAGCAAUGCAGUAGGUACCCAGUCUUAACUUAUUUAAUUCAACAUUUCCGAUAAGAUUUCCAAUAAGAUGUUUUCUUUAUUGGACUGACAGUAACACUCAGGUUGAACCGUUAAAAGUGAACAGUAAAAACCACUAUGGAGGGAUUAUUUAUUAUAUAACAACGGAUGAUUUGGCCAAAUACUCGGAGACAUCGCCUGAUAUUUCAGUUCCAGGCCUACUCAGUGUUCUAAAAUAAGAAAAACUUUUUGGCGAGGUUUGACGCGGUGUGGACCAGGCGUAUUAUCGCUGCUAAAAUCAGCAGUGUGUUUCACCCCCUGUUCUAGCAGCUUGAACUCCCACCCCUGUUCGUUGAGAAUGAAAAACUGUGGUACAUUUUUUUUAAUUUAAUUUUUAUUUGUCUUUAAUCCAAAACAAGGUCAAGCCUGACCUCUGUAAUUAUAAUAAUUAAUGGUGCUGCGUGGGACUUCACUUUGUGCCAAGUCGGCAAUGAUCAACAUUUCUGUGUCAUUUAAUGCAGCUUGUAUUUAAAGUAAAUUUUUAUUUAAUGUGCUGUCUGUGUGCGCAUUCUCAGCAAUGUCUGUUUGGUUUAGCAUCAGCUCACUCCAGAUACACUAUGCCCGGUUUUCUAAACUCAUGACACUCUGAUUACGGGGCGUGUGUUUCUCAUGUCACAGAAUUUUCUCAAAUGGAAACACAAGGGUGCAUGAGUGAAACAGGGCAUAGCUGAUACUCAUGCACAAAUGCAGGUUCACCUCCUGAUUUUCUCUCUUUGUAAGAGCUGGCUCUCCCCCUACUGGUCAGUCUGUGUGUGACACUCCAGACAUCUUUUUUCUGCACCAUUUUAAGUCUUCACUUAGCAUCAAACAAGAAAAGAAGUUGAACUGGGAAUGCUGACACAACACCAAGUUGUUGUUUUCUUAUUUUCUCUUAUUUGUAUUACAUCAACUAUGGACAUGUGCAUUUCAUUGUCCAAAGAAAUCAUUAAACAUCCCUUUGCUACAUGUCCUGGUCAUCAUUCUUGCUCUCUUUUUAAUGCACUCAUCCAUAGAAGAAAGGUAAUAUUAGCUGAGAAGUUAAUAUUACACAUAAAUAGAUCAUAAGAGUUAGAUUAGACUUUCUAUUGUUACUGUGUAAUCUUUAAAAGCAUGGCCUUCUCACAUAUAAAAAUAUACAAAGAUCCUAACAAGUGAAUUUUCAGUACUCCUUUAAGUGGGUCUUGCAAAAUGAUCUGUAACUUUUGUAAGGCAUUCAGGGUACGUACUGUGCUUAAGAAUUUAUAACUGUGACGACAACAUGGUGGAAACUUCUCUCCUUUUUUUCGUAUCAUUUGAGAGCCGGAUCCCUUUAUUUCCCCACACACUGAACUUUUAAGAGAGCAUGACCUGAUCAGGGAUCUUCAGACAGUUUGUUUACCAGUACUUCCUGAGUUUUAAAGGGCUACAAAAUGGACAAACGAGAGAGGAUGCAACUCUGGCGGCCGAUGGCGCAGAUGUGCUAUUCAACCACCGUGUGGACGAGGCAAUUUUCUCUGUGUCGAGUGAUUUCUAAAACUCACAGGAUUGCCUGAGACGUGCUUUACCUGUUGUUCUGAGUAUCUUUUUGGGUAACAAAGGGGUCAUUGCGUAUGUUUGAUGGAAACACAGAAUCACAAGCCCAUCCUGACUUCAGUGCAGUCAUCUUUUCUGGCUACAUAUCUACUGUCCUCUCUGAGGUCAAGCUAGCAAAACAAGCAAAAACUAUGUAGUUCCAGGACAACCUACAGUAUACAGAAGAACAUAACUCUAUGAAAUAAGCACAUAUCUUACAGAUGAAGGGGUGUUUCAUGUUAUGGUGUGUUAGUUAGACACUGUGAGGCUAGUUUCUUUUAAGAGAAUAAAUUAUUGUGAUUGCAAUGACUUGCGUGGCAUAUUUUCUGUAUGAAAUAAGCUGUAGAAUUAAAGGGGGCUUGCCACUCA